AUGAAGCUCAUCUCCUCUCACUGCCAUUGGCCCAGUGGAUCUCAACACUUCCAGAGCCCAGUGGAGACACCCCCUGUUAGGAUGAAGGGUGCAAUGGUGAUUAAUUUGGUAUCGUGUGAUAUCUGAUUGGAUUGACUAGAUUGGAGUGGUCAGGGCAUAGGGUGACAGGGAAUGCAGUUGAGAUGUAUACACCUCCGCAUCUCACUUCCCAUCAACCUGAGGUCCUAUUUUGUGCCUCGUGGUAACAGAACAGGGCCGAACCCAAUCUCCCGAGGCAUCCAACCAGAAUAAAAUAUAUGUGUGUUUAAAGGUUGGAGGGAAGACAAAUCGAAUAUACGCAAGGCUCGUACCGCUGAGUAAGUUACAUGUCCUGUGGUAUGACUCCUCGGCCUCCCACGACAGAGACUGAAUUUUGGAGUGAAUUACGGUCCGCUGCUUUCGGGAUCCAAGUUCCCAUUCCUGCCGCAGACGCCCGGACGAGCCCCCAGAAAAUGGCCUACAUCGUAGGGAUAAGGUUGUGGCCAGAACAAAAAGAUGUCACUGCAGUAGAUCCACCACACACGUGUGGAUGCACCCUACCCUUCCCUCCCGUUUUGACCCAGCCCCCCCCCUUCCUAUCGAGGUAAAGAUUGUGAUGGAUAGAACCUGAAGCCAUGGCACAGCUCGCUAGCUCAACUCACCCUAGGCCGCCUUUUCAAAACACUCUGCAUCUGCCACCACCCAGCGCAUAAGAUGCCUUUGUAGCACGGAGGCCAGAGACAGCCACACACACACACUGCUCUACGGCGCACUGCUCCACAGUCAUGCCAUCCCCCUGAUGUAUACACAACGGCUCAUCAGGCAAGAAAAUCGAAAGAACGCCUCUCCCCAGUCUCAGGGUAGCGUGUCGACUGUUAUUGUAGAGCAGCCCCUUAAUGAUCAGCAUCUGUUCUCCCUUCUCUCCUGUGCUCCGCGCACCCGUUAAACAAGCCUUAGUGUGUCACUUCCUACCAAGUAUCCCUUGCUAUAACGGAGGCUAUAGAAAAUCCCUGCUGGAUGCUUCAGCCUCUUACCCUGCCCCCCGUGGAGAAUAAUACUGCUGACUCGGAUCGAAGUUUGAUUUAGAGGAAGUGCUCGUUUGUGUGAAAAAAUGUCUGUGUUGCAAUAAUUUGACACUUUUCUCAUAGAUUAUUUUGGGGGAGGUGCUGGAUCACAUUGCGAUACAUGUAACUACUUUACUUGAUAACAACAAAUAUAACUAUAAUUUUUUGCAUGUUUUAAUGGACAGUGACUUAACAUUAACGGCAGGGCUCUAGACAGUUUUUUUUCCCCCAGUGCCAAGUAAGACAACUGAGACAUAUUUUGUGCAUAGGCCUAUUGGCCUAUAGACUAUAUUAUUCACCACCUGAGGAAGUGGGAACUAAAACACUUAGCUAGAUUGCUAACUCUAAAUAUGAUAUUGUUGAUAAAUAGCCAUGUAGGCUAAUUGAUUAAUCUAUCAGUAAAUGUAGGCUAGAGUCAUAUAGCGUUAGGCCUAGGCUGUGUCAAAGCCAGCCUACUCCGGUUGUAAAGUGUUGACAUUAACUUAAUGUUAAGAUGUGAGAAAUACUGUAUUUAUCUCCACAAUAGCAUUUUGAGCAACGGUCAUAUAGGCCUAUGCUUGAGCUUCUCAAUGCAUCUCUCCCUCCUCCGUGUCACAGUGGGGAGUGGAAGUGAGAGUCAGCAGCCGAUAGCCAAACAGGGACAGGCAGAUAGUUUCAUAGCAGGAAUCAACAUAAUGCAUAGGCUAUUGCUGUUGACCAAAUAAUGGUUUUAGAACUAUCUACAGGAACGCUGUGUAGCUAAAUCACAGAAAAUUACAGACGUAAGCAAAAUGCUUCGGUAAGAGGAAGGCAAUGUCUGUGUCGGUAAUUUUUGGAUUUUUGUCCCAGCUCUAAUACUGUGUGCUUCCAGUAAGAAAACAGUGAGAGGCGCAUUCUCUAGCUGUGACUCACUGAUAUUGUCCUUGAGGACUGUUGUGUAAGCACAGGCCUUUGAAAUUGCACAUGCACACACACACAUUUUGAGUGAUUGAAUAUCUGCUCUACAAAACUGACAUCCUCAGGAAACACCAUGUAAAUACAAUUUGCUGUCAUGUUCAUCACAGCUGAAGGCUAUUGAGAAGAAAAACAGUCUCUUUUUUUUUUCUCUCCCUAUUUUACCAGGUAAGUUGACUGAGAACACAUUCUCAUUUACAGCAAUGACCUCGGGAAUGGUUACAGGGGAGAGGAAGGGGGAUGAAUGAGCCAAUUGGAAGCUGGGGAUGAUUAGUUGGCUAUGAUGGUAUGAGGGCCAGAUUGGGAAUUUAGCCAGGACACCGCGGUUAACACCCCUACUCUUACGAUAAGUGCCAUGGGAUCUUUAGUGACCAGAGAGUCAGGACACCCAUUUAACGUCCCGUCCGAAAGACGGCACUGUACACAGGGCAAUGUCCCCAAUCACUGCCCUGGGACAUUGGGAUAUUUUAUUUUAGACCAGAGGAAAGAGUGCGUCCUACUGGCCUUCCAACACCACGUCCAGCAGCAUCUGGUCUCUCAUCCAGGGCCCAACCAGAACCAACUUAGCUUCAGAGGCAAGCCAGCAGUAGGAUGCAGUGUGGUAUACUACUGGCCAAUAGCUAUAGCUUUAGAGAAAUGUAUUUCUACUUUUUAGUGUUACUAUUCUUAAGUGUUACCUGUGUGAUCAAAGUCGACUCCGGAAACGUCAAGUUCCCCCCUGAUGGUUCUACGAAUCCAGCAGGGACCAGCAGUCAGUUUAAAGCUGGGUACUGGCUUCUUUUACAUUUUUUUUUUUUAACAAAGCCUUGUUUUAAAGGAAAACUCCACCCCAAAAAACUAUCUUCUGGUAUUUGUUUCAUUAGUCUAUUGUUGACAUAGUCCCAAAAUGUUUUGCAUGUCAGCGAUCAAGUUUGAUGUAGUUUGCAUCAUAUGAUGCUGCGUUUUGCCAGCUGUAUUUCUGUAUUUUGAAAGUUCUAUAUCUUGAAAAUGGAAUUUGCUGUGUUAUUGAUGGGGGCAUAACUGAUUGAUGAGGACAAUAAUGGUGCCAUAAGGGAACUUUAUGAUAAGCGCAAAGGCCUGCAUGCUUUUGGAUUAUGGUUUGCUGUGGAUUUCACCUUUCAUGGUUGCUGUGGCAUCAUAGUUGCUCAUUAUUUACUGUAAAUACAGGUAUUUGUCAUUACCAGGGUACUUUUUUAAUCCUGGGAACUGUCUGGGAAUGUACCCUUCUCAGCGAAGAGCAAUUUCUCAUGCAAGAAUUUUGCUAGGACUGUCUGGGAGAGGUCUGAGUGAGGGGCCAAAUUUGACGAGCUGUUAUUGGCAGAGAGGUUUGAAACUCUCGUUCUUAUUGGUCUAUUAUCUUAUGCCGCCUGGUGAUGUCGCCAGGCAGACCAAAACUACAUUCCAUCAAAACAGGCUGGAAUUUCAGGCAGUCUUUUCAAACAGCUCGACACUAAAAGGGCAUUCUCAUCAUUUUCACAAUUUCACAGAAUUAUUGUGUGGAAAUAUACACUGAGUAUACCAAACAUUAGGAAUACCUUCCUAAUAUUGAGUUGCACUCCCCCCCUCCCUUUUGCCCUCAGAACUGCGUCAAUUCGUCAAGGAAUGGACUCUACAAGGUGUCGAAAGCGUUCCACGGGGAAGCAGGCCCAUGUUGACUCCAAUGCUUCCCACAGUUGUGUCAAGUUAACUGGAUGUCUUUUGGGUGGUGGACCAUUUUUGAUGCACACGAGAAACUGUUGAGCGUGAAAAACCCAGCAGCAUUGCAGUUCUUGACACAAACCGGUGCGCCUGGCACCUACUACCAAACACCAUUCAAAGGCACUUAAAUAAUUUGUCUUGCCCAUUCACCCUCUGAAUGGUACACAUGCACAAUCCAUGCCUCAAUGCUUCAAAAUCCUUUGUUAACCUGUCUCCUCCCCUUCAUCUACACUAAUCGAAGUGGAUUUAACAAGUGACAUCAAUAAGGGAUCAUAGCUUUCACCUGGAUUCACCUGGUCAGUCUGUCAUGGAAAUAGCAGGUGUUCUUAAUCUUUUGUAUACUCAGGGUUUAUACACAACACAGGAACAUCUAGUUUUUGACUGCACUGGGCCUUUAAUAGAUUACCCAUAGUGCCUUUCACAGCCAUCUGUGGCCCUUUCCGUAGCUCAAUUUGUUACCUUGCCAAAACACAUUGGUGACACAUUUUCAUGCCAUUUCCACAUUACCACCUGUGGUCCUAUCUGUGACAGCUAGGUCAUUUUGUGGAGAGGUCGAUGGUGUCCUACCAAAAGGCAGUUUCAUCUUGUUUUGAGUUUAUUAGUGAAGAUAUAGUUGAGUGUAAUUUUAGUUAUCAAUAACUCAAAAAUACCCUUAUAUCUUAUCAUAUUCUCAGAUGGUAAUCAUAUUGUCAACACUGGGACAGUCAUUUUGGCCAGUGAUUUUAUUUGAUUCAAUACAGAAUGUAGUGUAGUUAUAAUGUUACAACAUAAAUACCCUCAAGAAUUAUAUUAAAUUCCAUUAAUCUCAUCUGGGGAUUUUGGUUGUGAGCAACAGUUGCGCCUAUUCCUUCCUAAUGUUCAUACCAUUUUUCGUUUGCGCCUCGUCUCAUGUUGGUGGAGCACCUUCUACUCCUACCCAGUAAUCUCAUCUAAUGCAUUUCUUAUUUUGUACCCUUUCCCAGAAUACAGACCCGGUCCAUGACAUGCUGUUGGACGUGAUCACGUGGGUUGGCAUCCUGCUCUCUCUGGUCUGCCUGCUCAUCAGCUUGUUCACCUUCUGCUUCUUCCGGGGUCUCCAGAGCGACCGCAACACCAUCCACAAGAACCUCUGCAUCAGCCUCUUCAUAGCAGAGUCCCUCUUCCUGGUGGGGAUCAACCGAGCUGACCAACCGGUAAGAACAUUCCCAAGCCGGACAAAUUAUGCGCAGAAAACACAGCCCACUCAAUGGUUUUCAAUGAGAGCAGUGUGUUAGUGGAGGGCCUAGGGUUGUGUCGCUUUGUCUGUCUGAAAAGUUGGUGCGGUUUCUACUUUUGAGCGAGUCUGGGGGGCUUCAUCUCAAUAGUCUAAAGUUGCUCCCCCUCGUCUUGUCUUCUUUAUCUGCACUAAUCUGAAAAUGCAGUGAAAGCAACGAGGCAGAAGUCUGUUUGGGAUUUAAGUCUGAUCUUUGAUCUAUCACCUGUCUCCCAAAUCAGUUCUCUGAUAAAGGACAGGAGGAGAGGGAGCCAAAUUGAACUAUUGAAAUGAAUCCAGGGUGUCAGAUCUAGUCCCUUUGGGGCCAAAGUGCCCAUGUGCUUUCAUUUCAAACUGGCGCUUAUUUGAUCUAUUAGUGUUACUGAUUGACUAGAAAGGCUACACACCUGGUUCAUCCGGUCUAAAUCAGACAUGGCACUGUGCUCUGUAUAUAAGGUCACCUGCCUAUCGUACUAUCAGUAACACCAAGUCCCACUGCAGUAACUAAGCAUUUGAUAGUGGGUCCACAGGUAACAGCUAGAGACAGUAGUUAAAGGUCCAAUGCAGCUGUUUUUAUCUCAAUAUCAAAUCAUUUCUGUGUAACAUUUAUGCACCUUACUGUGAUUAACAUGGUCGAAAACAGACAAAAAAUACACUAUAUAUACAAAAGUAUGUGGACACCCCUUCAAAUUUGUGGGUUCAGCUAUUUCAGCCACACCUGUUGUUGACAGGUGUAUACAAUUGAGCACACAGCCAUGCAAUCUCCAUAGACAAACAUUGGCAGUAGAAUGGCCUUACUGAAGAGCUCAGUGACUUUCAACGUGGCACCGUCAUUGGAUGCCAACUUUCCAACAAGUCAGUUCGUCAAAUUUCUGCCUUGCUAGAGCUGCCCUGGUCAACUGUACGGGCUGUUAUUGUGAAGUGGAAACGUCUAGGAAAAACAACGGCUCAGCCGCAAAGUGGUAGGCCACACAAGCUCACAGAACGGGACCGCCGAGUGCUGAAGCGCCUAGCACGUAAAAAUCGUCUGUCCUCGGUUGCAACACACACUACCAAGUUCCAAACUGCCUCUGGAAGCAACGUCAGCACAAUAAUUGUUUGUUAGGAGCUUCAUGAAAUGCGUUUCCAUGGCUGAGCAGCCACAUGCCUAAGAUCACCAUGUGCAAUGCAAAGCGUUGGCUGGAGUGGUGUAAAGCUCGCCGCCAUUGGACUCUGGAGCAGUGUAAACACGUUCUCUGGAGUGAUGAAUCACGCUUCACCAUCUGGCAGUCCGACGGACUAAUCUGGGUUUGGGAAGAUGCCAGGAGAACGCUACCUGCCCCAAUGCAUAGUGCCAAUUGUAAAGUUUGGUGGAGGAGGAUCUGGGGCUGUUUUUCAUGGUUCAGGCUAGGCCCCUUAGUUCCAGUGAAGGGAAAUAUUCUAGACGAUUCUGUGCUUCCAACUUUGUGGCAACAGUUUGGGGAAGGCCCUUUCCUGUUUCAGCAUGACAAUGCCCCUGUGCACAAAGUGAGGUCCAUAUAGAAAUGGUUUGUCGAGAUCGGUGUGGAAGAACUUGACUGGCUUGCGCAAAGCCCUGACCUCAACCCCAUCGAACGAUGAAUUGAAUUGGAACGCCGACUGCGAGCCAGGACUAAUCGCCCAACAUCAGUGCCCAAACUCACUAAUGCUCUUGUGGCUGAAUGGAAGCAAGUCCCUGCAGCAAUAUUCCGACAUCUAGUGGGAAGGCUUCCCAAAAGAGUGGAGGCUAUUAUAGCAGCAAAGGGGGGGACCAACUCCAUAUUAAUGCCCAUGAUUUUGGAAUGAGAUGUUUGACAUGUAUAUACAGUGAGGGAAAAAAGUAUUUGAUCCCCUGCUGAUUUUGUAAGUUUGCCCACUGACAAAGACAUGAUCAGUCUAAAAUUGUAAUGGUAGGUUUAAUUGAACAGUGAGAGACAGAAUAACAACAAAAAAAUCCAGAAAAACGCAUGUCAAAACUGUUAUAAAUUGAUUUGCAUUUUAAUGAGGGAAAUAAGUAUUUGACCCCUCUGCAAAACAUGACUUAGUACUUGGUGGCAAAACCCUUGUUGGCAAUCACAGAGGUCAGACGUCAAAAUCCUUUGUUAACCUGUCUCCUCCCCUUCAUCUACACUAAUCGAAGUGGAUUUAACAAGUGACAUCAAUAAGGGAUCAUAGCUUUCACCUGGAUUCACCUGGUCAGUCUGUCAUGGAAAGAGCAGGUGUUCUUAAUCUUUUGUAUACUCAGGGUUUAUACACAACACAGGAAAAUCUAGUUUUUGACUGCACUGGGCCUUUAAUAGAUUACCCAUAGUGCCUUUUACAGCCAUCUGUGGCCCUUUCCGUAGCUCAAUUUGUUACCUUGCCAAAACACAUUGGUGACACAUUUUCAUGCCAUCUUGUAGUUGGCCACCAGGUUUGCACACAUCUCAGGAGGGAUUUUGUCCCACUCAUCUUUGCAGAUCUUCUCCAACUCAUUAAGGUUUCAAGGCUGACGUUUGGCAACUCGAACCUUCAGCUCCCUCCACAGAUUUUCUAUGGGAUAAAGGUCUGGAGACUGGCUAGGCCACUCCAGGACCUUAAUGUGCUUCUUCUUGAGCCACUCCUUUGUUGCCUUGGCCGUGUGUUUUGGGUCAUUGUCAUGCUGGAAUACCCAUCCACGACCCAUUUUCAAUGCCCUGGCUGAGGGAAGGAGGUUCUCACCCAAGAUUUGACGGUACAUGGCCCCGUCCAUCGUCCCUUUGAUGCGGUGAAGUUGUCCUGUCCCCUUAGCAGAAAAACACCCCCAAAGCAUAAUGUUUCCACCUCCAUGUUUGACGGUGGGGAUGGUGUUCUUGGGGUCAUAGGCAGCAUUCCUCCUCCUCCAAACACGGCGAGUUGAGUUGAUGCCAAAGAGCUCGAUUUUGGUCUCAUCUGACCACAACACUUUCACCCAGUUCUCCUCUGAAUCAUUCAUAUGUUCAUUGGCAAACUUCAGACGGGCCUGUAUAUGUGCUUUCUUGAGCAGGGGGACCUUGCGGGCGCUGCAGGAUUUCAGUCCUUCACGGCGUAGUGUGUUACCAAUUGUUUUCUUGGUGACUAUGGUCCCAGCUGCCUUGAGAUCAUUGACAAUAUCCUCCCAUGUAGUUCUGGGCUGAUUCCUCACCGUUCUCAUGAUCAUUGCAACUCCACGAGGUGAGAUCUUGCAUGGAGCCCGAGGGAGAUUGACAGUUCUUUUGUGUUUCUUCCAUUUGGGAAUAAUCGCACCAACUGUUGUCACCUUCUCACCAAGCUGCUUGGCGAUGGUCUUGUAGCCCAUUCCAGCCUUGUGUAGGUCUACAAUCUUGUCCCUGACAUCCUUGGAGAGCUCUUUGGUCUUGGCCAUGGUGGAGAGUUUGGAAUCUGAUUGAUUGAUUACUUCUGUGGACAGGUGUCGUUUAUACAGGUAACAAGCUGAGAUUAGGAGCACUCCCUUUAAGAAUGUGCUCCUAAUCUCAGCUCAUUACCUGUAUAAAAGACACCUGGGAGCCAGAAAUCUUUCUGAUUGAGAGGGGGUCAAAUACUUAUUUCCCUCAUUAAAAUGCAAAUCAAUUUACAACAUUUUUGACAUGCGUUUUUCUGGAUUUUUUUUUUGUUAUUCUGUGUCUCACUGUUCAAAUAAACCUACCAUUAAAAUUAUAAACUGAACAAUUCUUUGUCAGUGGGCAAACGUACAAAAUCAGCAAGGGAUCAAAUACUUUUUUCCCUCACUGUAUGUCCGCAUACGUUUGGUCAUGUAGUGUAGCUUAUUAGCAAUGAGCAAUUUCUCAAACAAGAAUGUUGCUAGGACUGCCUUGGAGUGGGGAGGGGGAAACUGAAAACUAGCUGUUAUUGGCAGAGAGGUUUGGAACUUUUUCUUAUUGGUCUAUUAACUAAUUUAUCGCCUGGUGAUGUCACCAGGCAGGCCAAAACUCCAUUCCACCAAAACAUUCGAACCGCUCUUAUACUAAAAGGGCAUUAUCAUCAUUUUCACAAUUGCACAGUAUUAUUCCAACCUCAUAGUGUGGUAAUAUAUAUAUAAAACACAGGAAAAUCAUAUUUUUGACUGCGCUGGGCCUUUAGCCAGGUAUAAUUUUACAUUCCUUAUAUUUAAACUUUUGCUUCAAGGUUAUUCAGUUCACACACAAACCCUGGUAAAAACACAAUAAAAGGCUAGUACUAAACAAAUAUGGGCUUAGCCAAGAAUUUAGGAAAUGAGAAAAGCUCUUAACCCUGUUGAAUCGUUAUGCUCACGUCUUCCUAUUGCAGUAUAAUCUUAUCAGUUAAAUUGUUUUUAUUUCGCAGUCCUGACUUUACGCAGUACUUUAUGCCUGGAUCUUGUUAAAAAAGAUGUCUGAUACUUAAGCAUUCAGUGUGAGCUUCACCAAGGCUCUCAUUUCUUGAUGGCCAGUUACACUCGGGAAAGCAAUUCAGCAGUCCACUGGAACAUCAAGGUUUUAAUGGACACUUACUAGGGCAUCUGGGUAUUUGAAGGGCGAAAAGCUGAAGUAAAAGGCAUGUUGUACAAUGGAUCUAAAUUAUGUCUGUUAUCAUAAUUGGAAUAAGUGAACGUUGCAAACGGUUGAGUGUGUUUCCUCUAGAACAAAUAUAAAUCAAAUCAAAUCAAAUUUUAUUGGUCACAUGCGCCGAAUACAACAGGUGCAGACAUUACAGUGAAAUGCUUACUUACAGCCCUUAACCAACAGUGCAUUUAUUUUAAACAAAAAAAGUAAGAAUAAAACAACAACAAAAAAAAGUGUUGAGAAAAAAAGAGCAGAAGUAAAAUAAAGUGACAGUAGGGAGGCUUUAUAUACAGGGGGGUACCGUUGCAGAGUCAAUGUGCGGGGGCACUGGCUAGUUGAGGUAGUUGAGGUAAUAUGUACAUGUGGGUAGAGUUAAAGUGACUAUGCAUAAAUACUUAACAGAGUAGCAGCAGCGUAAAAAGGAUGGGGUGGGGGGGGGCAGUGCAAAUAGUCCGGGUAGCCAUGAUUAGCUGUUCAGGAGUCUUAUGGCUUGGGGGUAGAAGCUGUUGAGAAGUCUUUUGGACCUAGACUUGGCACUCCGGUACCGCUUGCCGUGCGGUAGCAGAGAGAACAGUCUAUGACUAGGGUGGCUGGAGUCUUUGACAAUUUUGAGGGCCUUCCUCUGACACCGCCUGGUAUAGAGGUCCUGAAUGGCAGGAAGCUUUGCCCCAGUGAUGUACUGGGCCGUACGCACUACCCUCUGUAGUGCCUUGCGGUCGGAGGCCAAGCAGUUGCCAUACCAGGCGGUGAUGCAACCAGUCAGGAUGCUCUCGAUGGUGCAGCUGUAGAAUUUUUUGAGGAUCUGAGGACCCAUGCCAAAUCUUUUUAGUCUCCUGAGGGGGAAUAGGCUUUGUCGUGCCCUCUUCACGACUGUCUUGGUGUGUUUGGACCAUGAUAGUUCGUUGGUGAUGUGGACACCAAGGAACUUGAAGCUCUCAACCUGUUCCACUACAGCCCCGUCGAUGAGAAUGGGGGCGUGCUCAGUCCUCUUUUUUUUCCUGUAGUCCACAAUCAUCUCCUUUGUCUUGGUCACGUUGAGGGAGAGGUUGUUGUCCUGGCACCACACGGCCAGAUCUCUGACCUCCUCCCUAUAGGCUGUCUCAUCGUUGUCGGUGAUCAGGCCUACCACUGUUGUGUCGUCGGCAAACUUAAUGAUGGUGUUGGAGUCGUGCCUGGCCAUGCAGUCAUGGGUGAACAGAGAGUACAGGAGGGGACUGAGCACGCACCCCUGAGGGGCCCCCGUGUUGAGGAUCAGUGUGGCAGAUGUGUUGUUACCUACCCUUACCACCUGGGGGCGGCCCUUAGUCUGUUCUAAUUUGGACACCUCAAGUGAACAUGAGAACAUAGAUUAUGCUAUAGAUUUGAAAGUGUUCUGUUUUGAAGCUGUAUGUAGCAAUGGUUAUGAGUAGCACAGUAAAGGUUCCUCAACUUGUUUUUGGAAUUUAUAGAACGGGUGGGUCUAAUCCUGAAUGCUCAUUGGUUAAAACCGCAUUCCAGCCGGUGUCUAUUCCACAAGUUACCACCGGCUGAAGCUAUGACAUUAAAAUGCCUGUUUACUCUGUUCCAUCUCACUGCGCAAUCAACUGUCUCAUCAGCCCAACCAGACAAUUUAUAAACUUGAUAUCCACUCUAAAAAGCAUUUAGACAUCAUCUCCCAUAUCUUUUAGAAUAGCAAUUGGUUUUCAAUAGCAGAGAUCUGUAUAAACCUUAACAUUUGCAACAUUGUUUCAGUAUUGAAAUUCGAUCUCCAGCUAUCCCAUAGUAAUGAACGUGUAAGGGUCGGGAUGAGACAGCCAGUCAAUCAUGAAUCAGCAUCAUUUUAUGGAUAUAUACAAAAAUGUCGAAAGAAAACAGGUAAAACGAAACGAAGUGUAGCUGGUUUGCAAUCUUUCCAGCUUCAUUUUGACAUUAUUGUGUUAUCUGUGUUACAUUUACAUUUACAUUUUAGUCAUUUAGCAGACGCUCUUAACCAGAGCGACUUACAGGAGCAAUUAGGGUUAAGUGCCUUGCUCAAGGGCACAUUAACGUCAUUUAGCAGACGCUCUUAGCCAGAGCGACUCACAAAUUGGUGCGUUCACCCUAUAGCCAGUGGGAUAACCACUUUACAAUUUGGGGGGGGGGGGGGGGGUUAGAAGGAAUACUUUAUCCUAUCCCAGGUAUUCCUUAAAGAGGUGGGGUUUCAAAUGUCUCCGGAAGGUGGUGAGUGACUCCGCUGUCCUGGCGUCGUGAGGGAGCUUGUUCCACCAUUGGGGUGCCAGAGCAGCGAACAGUUUUGACUGGGCUGAGCGGGAGCUGUGCUUCCGCAGAGGAAGGGGAGCCAGCAGGCCAGAGGUGGAUGAACGCAAUGUCCUCGUUUGGGUGUAGGGACUGAUCAGACCCUGAAGGUACAGAGGUGCCGUUCCCCUCACUGCUCCAUAGGCAAGCACCAUGGUCUUGUAGCGGAUGCGAGCUUCAACUGGAAGCCAGUGGAGUGUGCGGAGGAGGGGGGUGACGUGAGAGAACUUGGGAAGGUUGAACACCAGACGGGCUGCGGCAUUCUGGAUGAGUUGUAGGGGUUUAAUGGCACAGGCAGGGAGCCCAGCCAACAGCGAGUUGCAGUAGUCCAGACGGGAGAUGACAAGUGCCUGGACCAGGACCUGCGCCGCUUCCUGUGUAAGGCAGGGUCGCACUCUCCGAAUGUUGUAGAGCAUGAACCUGCAGGAGCGGGUCACCGCCUUGAUGUUGGCGGAGAACGACAGGGUGUUGUCCAGGGUCACGCCUAGGCUCUUCGCACUCUGGGAGGAGGACACAGCGGAGUUGUCAACCGUGAUGGCGAGAUCAUGGAACGGGCAGUCCUUCCCCGGGAGGAAGAGCAGCUCCGUCUUGCCGUGUUGUUGGCUAGCUCCUCUGAACAACAGUGUCGUGACGCGAGAGCACAUUUUCUAUGCCAGCUGAAAGCAUGCAUCAUUUGCUCAUUGUUAUGAACGUAUCCACAUAAAUGUCACUAGAAAACAGCUUAAGCAAAUGCAAAUGCAGCUACUGUUGUUAUUCUGGCUGCACUGUUUGACAUGACGGUAAGUUAGCCGUAGUUGGCUAGCUAGCAAGCAAGGGAUAAGAAUGUUGCCAGCCAGUAUGGCAAUGGAACAUUUAGAACGAACUACCAUAGAUACAGAACAAAAAGACUGAAUGACUGGUCACCGAACCGAUAGAACGAACGACCAGCUGGCUUGGGUAGCAACCCUAGAUUUGUAUCGGGACUAUAUCUUGUGGAAGGAUGAAAUAGUAUGAAUAAAUUCAUCAAAAUACAUUUUCUAAUUCAAAUAUGUAAGUCAUUAUUUGAAUAUGUUGGUUACCUGUUGUAUACAACAACACCCGUGCCAAUAUAUCCUCCAAACACCGGCUUCUCUGGCAUUAUCAAUUAAAUAAUGUAUAGAAUGUAUUGAUAUUAAUUAAUCACGUGUAUGAAGGAGAGAACUAUAGAAGGUGCUCAGCGUAGGUGGCACAAACACCUUUCAUUUACGUUUAAAAAAAUAAAUAAAUGUAUACAGUUGAAGUCGGAAGUUUACAUACACCUUAGCCAAAUACAUUUAAACUAAGUUUUUCACAAUUCCUGACAUUUAAUCCUAGUAAAAAUUCCCUGUUUUAGGUCAGUUAGGAUCACCACUUUAUUUUAAGAAUGUGAAAUGUCAGAAUAAUAGUAGAGAGAAUGAUUUAUUUCAGCUUUUAUUUAUUUCAUCACAUUCCCAGUGAGUCAAAAGUGUACAUACACUCAAUUAGUAUUUGGUAGCAUUGCCUUUAAAUUGUUUAACUUGGGUCAAACGUUUCGGGUAGACUUCCACAAGCUUCCCACAAUAAGUUGGGUGAAUUUUGGCCCAUUCAUCCUGACAGAGCUGGUGUAACGGAGUCAGGUUUGUAGGCCUCCUUGCUCGCACACGCCUUUUCAGUUCUGCCCACAAAUGUUCUAUAGGAUUGAGGUCAGGGCUUUGUGAUGGCCACUCCAAUACCUUGACUUUGUUGUCCUUAAGCCAUUUUGCCACAACUUUGGAAGUAUGCUUGGGGUCAUUGUCCAUUUAGAAGACCCAUUUGCGACCAAGCUUUAACUUCCUGACUGAUGUCUUGAGAUGUUGCUUCAAUAUAUCCAUAUAAUUUUCCUUCCUCAUGACGCCAUCUAUUCUGUGAAGUGCACCAGUCCCUCCUGCAGCAAAGCACCCCCACAGCAUGAUGCUGCUACCCCUGUGCUUCACGGUUGGUAUGGUGUUCUUUGGCUUGCAAGAACUCCCUUUUUCCUCAAAACAUAACGAUGAGGGCCAAUUAUGGGCCAUUAUGGCCAAACAGUUUUAUUUUUGUUUCAUCAGACCAGAGGACACUUCUCCAAAAAGUAAGAUCUUUGUCCCCAUGUGCAGUUGCAAACCGUAGUCUGGCUUUUUUAUGGCGGUUUUGGAGCAGUGGCUUCUUCCUUGCUGAGCGGCCUUUCAGGUUAUGUCGAUAUAGGACUUGUUUUACUAUGGAUAUAGAUACUUUUGUACCUGUUUCCUCCAGCAUCUUCACAAGGUCCUUUGCUGUUGUUCUGGGAUUGAUUUGCACUUUUCGCACCAAAGUACGUUCAUUUCUAGGAGACAGAAGCGGUAUGAUGACUGCGUGGUCCCAUGGUGUUUAUACUUGCGUACUAUUGUUUGUACAGAUGAACGUGGUGCCUUCAGAAGUUUGGUUGCGUGGUCCCAUGGUGUUUAUACUUGCGUACUAUUGUUUGUACAUAUGAACGUGGUGCCUUCAGAAGUUUGGUCCUCCCAAGGAUUAACCAGACUUGUGGAGGUCUACAAUUCUUUUUCUGAGGUCUUGGCUGAUUUCUUUUGAUUUCCCCAUGAUGUCAAGCAAAGAGGCACUGAGUUUGAAGGUAGGCCUUGAAAUACAUCCACAGGUACACCUCUAAUUGACUCAAAUGAUGUCAAUUAGCCUAUCAGAAGCUUCUAAAGCCAUGACAUCAUUUUCUGGAAUUGUCCAAGCUGUUUAAAGGCACAGUCAACUUAGGAAACUUCUGACAUACUGGAAUUGUGAUACAGUGAAUUAUAUGUGAAAUAAUCUGUCUGUAAACAAUUGCUGGAAAGAUUACUUGUAUCAUGCACAAAGUAGAUGUCCUAACCGACUUGCCAAAACUAUAGUUUGUUAACAAGAAAUUUGUGGAGUGGUUGAAAAACGAGUUUUAAUGACUCCAACCUAAGUGUAUGUAAACUUCCGACUUCAACUGUGUAUAAACUCAGCAAAAAAAAAAACGUCCUCUCACUGUCAACUGCGUUUAUUUUCAGCAAACUUAACAUGUGUAAAUAUUUGUAUGAACAUAACAAGAUUCAACAACUGAGACAUGAACUGAACAAGUUACACAGACAUGUGGCUAACAUAAAUGGAAUAAUGUGUCCCUGAACAAAGAAGGGGGUCAAAAUCAAAAGUAACAGUCAGUAUCUGGUGUGGCCCCCAGCUACGUUAAGUACUGCAUUGCAUCUCCUCCUCAUGGACUGCACCAGAUUUGCCAGUUCUUGCUGUGCGAUGUUACUCCACUCUUCCACCAAAGCACCUGCAAGUUCCCAGACAUCUUUGGGGGGAAUGGCCUUAGGCCUCACCCUCCGAUCCAACAGGUCCCAGACGUGCUCAAUGGGUUUGAGAUUUGUGCUCUUCGCUGGUCAUGGCAGAACAUUGACAUUCCUGUCUUGUAGGAAAUCACGCACAGAACGAGCAGUAUGGCUGGUGGCAUUGUCAUGCUGGAGGGUCAUGUCAGGAUGAGCCUGCAGGAAAGGUACCACAUGAGGGAGGAGGAUGUCUUCCCUGUAACGCACAGAGUUGAAAUUGCCUGCAAUGACAACAAGCUCAGUCCGAUGAUACUGUGACACAACGCCCUAGACCAUGACUGACCCUCCACCUCCAAAUCGAUCCCGCUCCAGAGUACAGGCCUCGGUGUAACACUUAUUCCUUCGACGAUAAACGGGAACCCGAACAUCACCCCUGGUGAGACAAAACCGCGACUCGUCAGUGAAGAGCACUUUUUGUCAGUCCUGUCUGGUCCAGCGACGGUGGGUUUGUGCCCAUAGGCGACGUUGUUGCCGGUGAUGUCUGUUGAGGACCUGCCUUACAACAGGCCUACAAGCCCUCAGUCCAGCCUCUCUCAGUCUACUGCAGACAGUCUGAGCACUGAUGGAGGGAUUGUGCGUUCCUGGUGUAACUCGGGCAGUUGUUGUUGCCGUCCUGUACCUGUCCCGCAGAUGUGAUGUUCGGAAGUACCGAUCCUGUGCAGGUGUUGUUACAUGUGGUCCUUUUUUUGCUGAGUUUAUAUAUAUAUAUAUAUAUAUAUAUAUAUAUAUAUAUAUAUAUAUAUAUAUAUAUAUAUAUAUAUAUAUAUAUAUAUAUAUAUAUAUAUAUAUACAUACAGUGGGGAGAACAACUAUUUGAUACACUGCCAAUUUUGCAGGUUUUCCUACUUACAAAGCAUGUAGAGGUCUGUAAUUUUAUCAUAGGUACACUUCAACUGUGAGAGACGGAAUCUAAAACAAAAAUCCAGAAAAUCACAUUGUAUGAUUUUUAAGUAAUUAAUUUGCAUUUUAUUGCAUGACAUAAGUAUUUGAUCACCUACCAACCAGUAAGAAUUCCGGCUCUCACAGACCUGUUAGUUUUUCUUUAAGAAGCCCUCCUGUUCUCCACUCAUUACCUGUAUUAACUGCACCUGUUUGAACUUGUUACCUGUAUAAAAGACACCUGUCCACACACUCAAUCAAACAGACUCCAACUGCUCCACAACAGCCAAGACCAGAGAGCUGUGUAAGGACAUCAGGGAUAAAAUUGUAGACCUGCACAAGGCUGGGAUGGGCUACAGGACAAUAGGCAAGCAGCUUGAUAAGAAGGCAACAACUGUUGGCGCAAUUAUUAGAAAAUGGAAGAAGUUCAAGAUGACGGUCAAUCACCCUCGGUCUGGGGCUCCAUGCAAGAUCUCACCUCGUGGGGCAUCAAUGAUCAUGAGGAAGGUGAGGGAUCAGCCCAGAACUACACGGCAGGACCUGGUCAAUGACCUGAAGAGAGCUGGGACCACAGUCUCAAAGAAAACCAUCAGUAACACACUACGCCGUCAUGGAUUAAAAUCCUGCAGCGCACGCAAGGUCCUCCUGCUCAAGCCAGCGCAUGUCCAGGCCCGUCUGAAGUUUGCCAAUGACCAUCUGGAUGAUCCAGAGGAGGAAUGGGAGAAGGUCAUGUGGUCUGAUGAGACAAAUAUAGAGCUUUUUGGUCUAACCUCCACUCGCUGUGUUUGGAGGAAGAAGAAGCAUGAGUACAACCCCAAGAACACCAUCCCAACCGUGAAGCAUGGAGGUGGAAACAUCAUUCUUUGGAGAUGCUUUUCUGCAAAGGGGACAGGACGACUGCACCGUAUUGAAGGGAGGAUGGAUGGGGCCAUAUAUCACGAGAUCUUGGCCAACAACCUCCUUCCCUCAGUAAGAGCAUUGAAGAUGGGUUGUGGCUGGGUCUUCCAGCAUGACAACGACCCAAAACACACAGCCAGGGCAACUAAGGAGUGGCUCCGUAAGAAGCAUCUCAAGGUCCUGGAGUGGCCUAGCCAGUCUCCAGACCUGAACCCAAUAGAAAAUCUUUGGAGGGAGCUGAAAGUCCGUAUUGCCCAGCGACAGCCCCGAUACCUGAAGGAUCUAGAGAAGGUCUGUAUGGAGGAGUGGGCCAAAAUCCCUGCUGCAGUGUGUGCAAACCUGGUCAAGACCUACAAGAAACGUAUGAUCUCUGUAAUUGCAAACAAAGGAUUCUGUACCAAAUAUUAAGUUCUGCUUUUCUGAUGUAUCAAAUACUUAUGUCAUGCAAUAAAAUGCAAAUUAAUUACUUAAAAAUCAUACAAUGUGAUUUUUGUUUUAGAUUCCGUCUCUCACAGUUGAAGUGUACCUAUGAUAAAAAGUACAGACCUCUACAUGCUUUGUAAGUAGGAAAACCUGCAAAAUCGGCAGUGUAUCAAAUACUUGUUCUCCCCACUGUAUACACACACUAUCGGUCAAAAGUUUUAGAACACCUACUCAUUCAAGGGUUUUCUUUAUUUUUACUAUGUUCUACAUUGUAAAAUAAUAGUGAAGACAUCAAAACUAUGAAAUAACACAUAGGGAAUCAUGUAGUAACCAAAAAAGUGUUAAACAAUUCAAAAUAUAUUUUAUAUUUGAGGUUCUUCAAAUAGCCACCCUUUGCCUUGAUGACAGCUGUGCACACUCUUGUAAUUCUCUCAACCAGCUUCACCUGGAAUGCUUUUCCAACCGUCUUGAAGGUGUUCCCACAUAUGCUGAGCACUUGUUGGCUGAUUCUUCUUCACUCUGCGGUUCAACUCAUCCCAAACCAUCUCAAUUGGGUUGAGGUCGGGGAAUUGUUGAGACCAGGUCAUCUGAUGCAGCACUCCAUCACUCUCCUUCUUGGUAAAAUAGCCCUUAAACUGGAGGUGUGUUGGGUCAUUGUCUUGUUGAAAACAAAUUAUAGUCCCAAUAAGCCCAAACCAGAUCGGAUGGCAUUUCGCUGAGGAAUGCUGUGGUUGCCAUGCUGGUUAAGUGUGCCUUGAAUUCUAAAUAAAUCACAGACAGUGUCACCAGCAAAGCACCCCCACACCAUAACACCUCCUCCUCCAUGCUUUACGGUGGGAACUACACAUGCAGAGAUCAUCAGUUCACCCACACCACGUCUCACAAAGACACGGCGGUUGGAACCGAAAAUCUGAAAUUUGGACUCGAGACCAAAGGACACCUUUCCACCGGUCUAAUGUCCAUUGCUCGUGUUUCUUGGCCCAAGCAGUUCUCUUCUUCUUAUUGGUGUCCUUUAGUAGUGGUUUAUUUGCAGCAAUUCGACCAUGAAGGCCUGAUUCACACAGUCCCCUCUGAACAGUUGAUGUUGAGAUGUGUCUGUUACUUGAACUCUGUGAAGCAUUUAUUUGGGCUGCAAUUUCUGAGGCUGGUAACUCUAAUGAACUUAUCCUCUGCAGCAGAGGUAACUCUGGGUCUUCCAUUCCUGUGGCGGUCCUCAUGAGAGCCAGUUUCAUCAUAGUGCUUGAUGGUUUUUGCGACUGCACUUGAAGAAUCUUUCAAAGUUCUUGACAUGUUCCUUAUUGAUUGACCUUCAUGUCAUAAAGUAAUGAUGUACUGUCGUUUCUCGUUGCUUAUUUGAGCUGUUCUUGCCAUAAUAUGGACUUGGUCUUUUACCAAAUAGGGCUAUCUUCGGUAUACCGCCCCUACCUUGUCACAACACAACUGAUUGGCUCAAAUGCAUUAAGAAGGAAAUAAAUUCCACAAAUUAUUUUUUAAGAAGGCACACCUGUUAAUUUUAAUGCAUUCCAAGUGAUUACCUCAUGAAGCUGGUUGAGAGAAUGUCAUAAGUGUGCAAAGCUGUCAUAAAGGAAAAGGGUGGCUAUUUGAAGAAUCUCAAAUAUAAAAUAUAUUUUGAUUUGUUUAACACUUUUUUGGUUACUACAUGAUUCCAUAUGUGUUAUUUCAUAGUUUUGAUGUUUUCACUAUUAUUCUACAAUGUAGAAAAUAAUAAAAUUUAAGAAAUACCCUGGAAUGAGUAGGUGUGUCCAAACUUUUGACUGGUACUGUAUUCGGAAAGUAUUCAGACCCCUUUACUUUUUCCACAUUUUGUUAUUUUACAGCCUUAUUCUAAAAUGGAUUAAAAAUAAUAAUAAUCCUCAUCAAUCUACACACAAUACUCCGUAAUGACAAAGCAAAAACAGGUUUUUAGAAAUUGUAGCAAAUCUAUAAAAAAAAAAGCAGACAUACCUUAUUUACAUAAGUAUUCAGAACCUUUGCUAUGAGACUCAAAAUUGAGCUCAGAUGCAUCCUGUUUCCAUUGAUCAUCCUUGAGAUGUUUCUACAACUUGAUUGGAGUCCACCUGUGGUAUAUUCAAUUGAUUGGACAUGAUUUGGAAAGCACACACCUGUCUAUAUAAGUCUCACUGUUGACAGUGCAUGUCAGAGCAAAAACCAAGCCAUGAGGUCGAAGGAAUUGUCCGUAGAGCUCCGAGACAGGAUUGUGUCGAGGCACAGACCUUGGGAAGGGUGCCAAAACAUUUCUGCAGCAUUGAAGGUCCCCAAGAAAACAGUGGCCUCCAUCAUUCUUAAAUGGAAAAGUUUGGAACCACCAAGACUCUUCCUAGAGCUGGCCGCCCUACCAAACUGAGCAAUUGGGGGAGAAGGGCCUUGGUCAGGGAGGUGACCAAGAACCCGAUGGUCACUCUGACAGAGCUCCAGAGUUCCUCUGUGGAGAUGGGAGAACCUUCCAGAAGGACAACCAUCUCUGCAGCACUCCACCAAUCAGGCCUUUAUGGUAGAGUGGCCAGACGGAAGCCACUCCUCAGUAAAAGGCACAUGAAAUACCGCUUGGAGUUUGUCAAAAGGCACCUAAAGACUCUCAGACCAUGAGAAACAAGAUUCUCUGGUCUGAUGAAACCAAGAUUGAAGUCUUUGGCCUGAAUGCCAAGCGUCACUUCUAGAGGAAACCUGUCACCAUCCCUACGGUGAAGCAUGGUGGUGGCAGCAUCAUGCUGAGGGGAUGUUUUUCAGUGGCAGGGACUGGGAGACUAGUCAGGAUCGAGGGAAAGAUGAACGGAGCAAUGUACAUAGAGAUCCUUGAUGAAAACCUGCUCUAGAGCUCUCAGGACCUCAGACUGGGGUGAAGGUUCACCUUCCAACAGGACAACGACCCUAAGCACACAGCCAAGACAAUGCAGGAUUGGCUUCGGGACAAGUCUCUGAAUGUCCGUGAGUGGCCCAGCCAGAGCCCGGAAUUAAACAUGAUUGAACAUCUCUGGAGAGACCUGAAAAUGUCUGUGCAGCGACGCUCCCCAUCCAACCUGACAGCGCUUGAGAGGAUCUGCAGAGAAGAAUGGGAGAAACUCCCCAAAUACAGGUGUGCCAAGCUUGUAGCGUCAUACCCAAGAAGACUCGAGGCUGUAAUAGUUUCCGAAUGCACUGUAUAUUUGUCUGUGUGUGUGUGUGUCAUAUAUAUAUAUAUAUAUAUAUAUAUAUAUAUAUAUAUAUAUAUAUAUAUAUACACACAAACACAAUGAUAGUUAACACCAUGGGAUACCUAUAGCCAACACUGACUUUGCUCUCUUCUAGUGUUUUCUCAGCAUCUCUCACAAAUAUUCCUUCAGCAAGUUCCCCCCAGUCCCCCUGGUUCUCCCAGUUCCACCCUGUUACUUCACCUGACACAGCUCAAGCUCCUAUGUUUCUAUCAAAUGACCACACACACACACACAACACGCUCCCCCUCACCCACUCCCUUUCCCCCCUUUCCACUACCUGCCUCUGCACUAAACCUCCCGUCACGAUGUAGAGCAGUAGACUGAUCUCUAAACGCUGCGGAUAAUCUGGAUUAGGCGAUCAAUAUGCCCCCCCACUGUUUUUAAUGGCUGCCGCUGGGUUGUAAAGAGCUGAGCUGUAGUAUGUACCUGGUAGAGCUCUGCACUCAGGGCACCGUCAUUAUCAACAGGGUGCAGUAGGGAGGGGGGUGAGAGGAGUUAGAGGAGUGAAAGUGUGUGUGUGUGUGUGUGUGUGAGGGAUGCAAUGGAAAGUAUGUUCCACAAUUAGUACAUUGACAGGCACAGAAAUACACACACACACCUGCUCUCAUGAAUGUGGACCGUACUCAACAGAUGAACGUUUUCAGAAUGUGCUUUUGCCCUCUACUCUUCCCUAUCAUAAGAUGUGAUGGUCUUGAUUCACUGGGCAAUUUAAAGAUCACUCUCUCCUUAUUGCAGUGAUGGCCACUGAACCUGAAAGUAAUUUAAUUGAAACCAAUUUCAAUGACCGUUCAACAAAGUACCUCGCGUGUGACCAAUUGCUCCAAUAAUCUGAUCAAUUACAGUCGUUGCAAGUACACUGUGUGUGUGUGUGUGUGUGUGUGUGUGUGUGUGUGUGUGUGUGUGUGUGUGUGUGUGUGUGUGUGCAUGCGCAGUGUUGGCUAUCCUGUCCUUGUUUAUCUAUGUUCUAUUACCUUGUCAAAUGCAUGAGACUGACAUUUCGGCACUAAAGGGCUUUUUAAUAAUAGAAAAUAAAAUUCAAGGAAAUGUUUUAACAAUAUGAAUAUAAUCAUGAGAGAGUAACACCUGUCCUCCAUAUUGUUCUUGGAUUUUUUUCUGCACAUCGACACGUAUUCUGUCAGUCUUUAAGCCAAACACAUUGAUCUGUGACCUGUACUGUCUCCCCUCCCCUCCUCAGAUUGCCUGUGCUGUGUUUGCCGCCCUGCUCCACUUCUUCUUCCUGGCUGCCUUCACCUGGAUGUUCCUGGAGGGCGUGCAGCUCUACAUUAUGCUGGUGGAGGUGUUUGAGAGCGAGCACUCGCGCAAACGCUACUUUUACCUGGUGGGCUACGGCGUGCCCGCGCUCAUUGUGGCUGUGUCGGCCGCCGUGGACUACCGGAGCUACGGCACGGAUCGAGUGUGAGUACCCCAUCGUUAGAAGCUCGCUGUAGCAACCCUGUCGUUAGAACCAUGUCAUGCCCUCCAUUAACCCAUUCACUUCUAAGGUCUAGAUUCUAAAGCAGUGUUACUCAAACCUCUACGCAAGCACCGUGUGUUCCUCUAUUUUAUAUUGUCCAGUACUGGCACACCUGAUUCAAAUGUCAACCAAUCAGCAAGCCCUUGAUUUGUCGAAUCUGGUGUGCUUGGAUUCUAAUUGAACAAAUAUGUGAAACGACAGGGGGUCCUUAGGACCAGUUUGGGAAACACUUCUAGACAAGCUCUUACUUGGAGACAAGGCUGCUGAUUGCAUAGCCCAUAUGGUCCUGUGUGGCUCAGUUGGUAGAGCAUGGCUCUUGCAAUGCCAAGGAUUGUGGGUUCGAUUCCUGCUGGCGCCACCCAUAUAAGAAAUCAGUCAAAGUGUCUGCUAAAUGGCAUAUAUUAUAAUAACAUCUUAACUUAUUGUAUUCAAAAAAAAAUAAAAAAAUUGCUUGUUCAAAGAAGUCAUCAUCCGUACGACCAGCACCAUCUUAUGAUACACAAUGCCAGGCUGUUGGCCAUAUCUGAACUAUUCAAUAUGGUUGUGAUGUGUUCAGUAUGGCUGUUCUGGGUGUUUGUUUGUUUAACGGCUGUUGAGACAUAGUGCCAUUCUGCUGUGCCAUUCUGUUUGGUUUUUUGGAAGUUCUUCUUCAGUUUUAGAGUAGGGCCUGUAUUCAUAAUGUCUCAGAGUAGGAGUGCUGAUGUAGGAUCAGGACUCCCCCCCUUCUACAUCUGCGUUGCUUUCUCUUUGGGGUUUUAGGAUGGGUUUCUGUAUAAGCACUUUGUGAGAUCUGCUGAUGUAAAAAUACUUUAUAAAUACAUUUGGUUGAUCAGCACUCCUACUCUGAGACACUAUGAAUACGGACCCAGAUGAUACCAUGAUAGGGGGUUUCCUGAACAUGUGACCUGAAAUAUAAACAUCUUGUAGACUAUAACAAGGGCACAGAGUUGUUCCUCAUCACGUCACCUAGACAAGGAAAACUCCUGUCAUAACACUACAUUUGAUUUGCACAUUUAGUUAGUCAGUUUAAUUAUCAUAUUCACACAGCCACACUGAUUCGGCUGACUCAUUUUAUUGAAUAAAAACAGUUUGUGGUCAUCGUUAGCCUUUAAAGAUAUAUAUUUGGCGUUGCUGCAAUAACUAAUGCUCCUCAUCACUCCUUAAUGGACCUGAGCGGUUAUUCUAAAACAGAACUUCUGCUGACUUGACAAAAUGUUUAACAGUGGAAAAUGCAAGCUCAAACGCUAGCCUUAGCCGUGUGAAUGUCAAGCCAUUGUGGUUAGCGUCUUUAGCAUUCACAUAACUUCCAAUUGACUGAGGGAGCAAUAGAUGGAGAGAGGAAAGAAAGCGCUAGAUGGAGACGGAGCGAGAAAUGGAGACGGCGAGACCGUAGUCUUCAUAGGUUCUUAUGUUUCCCUGCAGAAGAUACUCAAGAAAUUAUUUGAUUUAUAAACCAGCCUUCCUAACAAUAACACAGUGACACCGUUCCUCUUUCACUAAAUCUGUAGCCAAUCUAAAAAUAAUAUGAACCAGCAUAAGCAGUUUGCUCAUGAGAUGUUCAUCAUACACAUACACACCACAUACACACACACACAUACACCAGGUACACACACACCACAAAUAUUAGACAGUGCAUUUGCAGGUUGCAGGAGCCAUAGUUAUUGGUGAUGGAUAGAGGCGAUAGCUGCCACUGCCUGCCGACACAGCAUCAUGUGAAUAAUUAAAGCCGAGCCACUGGUGGACCAAUUACAUGCAGCCGUGAGGGAUUGGGGAAGGGACAGGGCGUGACAUGCUCAGCUAGGUGGGGGAGGGGUUUGAGUGUCGCACCGCUCCAUAUUCCGCCUGAAUAAAAUUAUAAAUGGCCAUUUAGAUUUUACAAUGACGGCCUACCCCGGCCAAACCCUAACCCGGACGAUGCUGGGCCAAUUGUGUGCCGCCCUAUGGGACUCCCAAUCACGGCCGGUUGUGAUACAGCCUGGAAACGAACCAGGGUAUGUAGUGACGCCUCUAGCGCUGAGAUGCAGUGCCUUAGACCGCUGCGCCACUCGGGAGUUCUCAAGUUAAUGAGAACGCAUUGCUUUGUGUAGUCCCAUUUAGGCUGUUCUGGGGGUUAUUUUGGUCAGGAGUUUACACAGAACAAUAGAUGUGUUAUAAGUAUGUGUUUCUGUUUCUUGAGUAGCUACUUGAAUGCUGGCUUUUGUUCCAAUUGAUUCCACAAUCCGUUAUCAUCAACUGUUUACUGAAAAUCUAAAUGAACAAUCUAGGAUACUCAACAUUCAUUGCCAGUGUGUUCUUUGACUAUAUUGUUAGAUUGUGUUCGUUGCUAUAGACAAUAUCUGUGUAUGGAAAGUGCAUUUAUUCAUAAAACAGCACAAGGUUUGGGUUUUUACUAUUCUACUGUAAAUGAUAUACCAUAAGAAGAUGAACUCACUUCAUAUUCACAAAUGACAUUGCAAUAAUGCCUUACCAAAAAGGCACAAAGCUCACAUUUCACCAUAAAUCCUUUACUUGAUCAUUUAUCUGACAUUAAUAAUGACAGUUUAAAUCUUUAAGGGCCUCUCUCUCUCCAUUUUGCAACAGACAAACUGCAUGUAGACACCUUGGCGUACCUGGAGCCCUUCAUGAGAGAGAAGUCCUCAUGCGUGACUUAAAGUCUCUUAAAGUUAUCUCGUCUCGGUAGCGCGUUUCUCUCCCCUCUCUCCAAAGUGUCUCUUUGAGCUAAACUAAUGUGUCAAGUUGCUGUGAAUCAGUGUCACCGACAUGAAUACCCAACACUAGACGUUGGGAGAGAAAACGCUACACUGUCUUAGCGGGGAUCAGAGGACCCGGGUUUCUAUUCCAAAAGGAUUCUGAGGAGGUUGCCACCAAUGCAGCGUCAGAACGACACAAGCAAAAAUAGAUAGGCUCAAAAGGCAAAACAGAACUCUGACAUGACUGGAGAGGAGAGGAGGCAGAGAGGCUUGCUGGCUCACGCACUCACCAGAAAUGACAGCCAUUGCCUUUUAAAUAAAUCUGCUUUUCUGUGAUCUGACAAAAUACAAAAAUAAUUGCGCUUUCAGCAGAAUUUAUAAUGACUACUUAGGAAACAUUUGAUGGUUGUGUGUGUGUGUGUGUGUGUGUGUGUUUACAGCAUCUCUUAUCUCUUGAUAAGAGCUAUAUUCCCUAUAUAGUGCACUGCUUUUGACCAGGACCCAUAGGGCUCAUAGGGUGCCAUUUGGGAUGCAUGCAUUGUUUUCUGUCUCUGUAUAUUCUGGCUAUAUUCUUUGACUUUUAUCAAAGCAUCGGUCUGUGCUAGAGAAUGUUGGUGUGUGAAGUAUUAGCAAAAACUCGGCCAAGGCUUUUGAGCUUUUCACUGCAAGUCAAAUAACACUACCAACACUUUAUACAGUUGAAACGCUGGGAAAAAUUCCAUUAGGGCCAUCCUGUGUGAAAAUGUUCAUGAAAUGAAUGUAAGAAAAAUUAAUCUCUUUUCAGGACUUAAUGUCUUUUUGAACACUCACUAUCGUAGUCCGGGAUAUGAGGUGACAAGUUAAAAUUAAAUAUUGAGUUGCAUUGUCGGGUUUCCUCCCAGUGUUCGAGUAUGGCCUGUGCUGUCCGAAGCUAAGUGCGCAUUCCUCUUCACACAUCAAUCUGCCUUAAAAUGUUAUUGAAUUACGGCUAAUUCGCUGCCUCUUCCAUUUUGCCUCUUUGUCAUCCAAAUGACAACAGAGUAGGAAACUGUAAUUUCCGAUGGCCAAAAAUGGAGGUCUAUCUAGCAGCGGCGGAGAUUAAACUAUUAAUAAUUUAGCCGGAAUGUCAUGAAUCAACUUCAUUUUUGUCAUUCGACUUCCCAGUAUCACCUUCAUCCCAUAUCUGCUCCCAUGCUGUCUCAUAUCUGGACCCGUAGCUUUCGAUCAACCAACUAGCGUACAGUAACUGCCAUGGAGAAGUCAAGCAAGCACACGGUGUUGCAUAGUUAAUAUGGUAAUGUCAGAGUGAGGGUGGUUCAUUGGUUAACAUGAUGAGGCUGGAUAGUUCAUCUAAGUCUCUAUGGCACUUUUCACACUGCCGAGCUGAGCCAAGUUGUACUGAGCUGGCCUGGUAAGACAUCCACUUUAAUGUGAAAAGAAAAUAUAUCUGAGCCAGCAAAGUAUGGUUUGGGUCGGCACAAUAGUGUGAAAAUUGUAUUAGUGUGUGUAUGGUUGAGGUCCAUUCCAUUUAAAGUCAGUCAAAUCAGGGGUUGAGUUGGGGAUCGAAUUCAAUUAAGGGGAUGGAAUUCAAUUAAGAAGUUCAGAAUUGCCUAUUAUUUUCUGUGCAAACGUUUCGAAGCAUCAAUUGUAUUUCUGUGGUACUAUUCUAUUCCUGAUAUGGAAUUAACCUCUAACCUAAUGAACAUACCAGCUGCACACAGGAUCAUAUUAGAGAAGUAUGGUGAAGUUGACGCUGAUCCUGAGGUAGUUGAGUUUUUUCUCCACUAAUGGUUAAGGUUAGGAUUGGGUACAAAUCUAAAAUAUAUUUUAGUCAUUUAGCAGACACUUAUCCAGAGCAACUUACAGGAGCAAUUAGGGUUAAGUGCCUUUCUCAAGGGCACAUCGACAGAUUUUUCACCUAGUCGGCGCUGGGAUUCGAACCAGUAAACUUUCGGUUACUGGCCCAACGCUCUUAACUGCUAGGCUACUUAGGGGAAACUUCACCCCGGAGCCACAUUAAAUUUUUGUAACUCUGUCCUUUGAUGACUCUGUUGUGACCAUCACAGCCUAUAAGAAGUUAUGACACUGAAACCCCCCAUAUCCUCCCUCCAAACCCUCAUGUAACGGUCAUAACUCACCUACUCCCUUGCGGCACUGUGUUUGAAGUGCUCAUUUCUCGGUGUCACUCCAGCCUCCAUGUUGAUGUAUGUCCUGUGCGUCUCUCUCUCUCUCCAUCUCCCUCUCCCUCUUUUCUCUCCUCUCGUCCUUUCUCUCUCUCUCUUCCUCUCUCUCUUAUGUCUUGUUCCGCUCCUCCAGGUGCUGGCUUCGACUGGACACCUACUUCAUUUGGAGCUUCAUAGGACCGGCAACCUUGAUAAUUAUGGUAAGCGUCCCUACUUCCCCACUAGCAUACUAUCUCAUUAACCUUACUUAGCACCUCAGGGCACCGCUUAAAUGGUCAAGAGAGAGCUUAACAUGCGAAACCGACUAACUGAUUCAGACGGUGGCUCAAUUAGCUGAAUGUUACUUCCCCAGCACAGUGUAGUAUGAGUUAGCUUUCAAAUUUGUGUAAUUUUUUGGGGGCAAUACCAUCUUGAGAUAUCUUUACCGCUGGUCCACAAUGACAUUUUAGCUGAUUCAUGUUUGAGGCAUAAGAAAUUAUAACAGCAAGAAUUCUGAUGCUCCAUAUGGUAUUUCUACCUAUAUGUGUUGUUUUGUUUGACAUUAUUUCAGUCCUGAUAAGUCCAGUUUGGAGAACUGCAAACAGUUGUAAAUAUAUCAGUCCCAAAUUUAGUUUGCUUCCUCUGGUUAACUGCAUGUUUAGUGAAUUCAUUUAGGACAGACUCCAGCCAUUGCAUUGAUCAGGGCCCAACUAGUUCAAGUUCAACUUUAUUGUCAAGUACAACAUGGCACUAUACUUCUAUAUGUGGUAGUUAUACUGUAAUACAAUUUUCAUAUCAUUUUGUGCUCUACUUGGCAAAGUGGGAAACCACAUUUUGUUUCGACACUACAUACUCAACUUAACUGUAACGAUGUCUCCCCCGAUUUUUUAAAAUGAAUGAAAGCAUCAACAACACACAUACUCCAUUUCAGCUGUGCUCUCUUCUUUCUUUCAUCCACCUCCUCUCUUUCAUCCAUCUCUCCCAGCUCAACGUAAUAUUCCUAGGCAUCGCGCUGUACAAGAUGUUCCACCACACCGCCAUCCUCAAACCCGACUCGGGUUGCCUCGACAACAUCAAGUAAGUCACUCGUCCUUUCAGGCAUUGAGACCUUCCAGACAUGACACUAGUACGUGGAAAUUAGUACAUUGGUAUGGCAGACCAGGUUCCGAUGGCUCAGUGUGUUAGAGCAGGGUUUCCCAAACUCUGUCCUGGGGCCCCCCCUUGGUGCACGUUUAGUUUUCCCCCCUAGCACUACACAGCUGAUUCAAAUCAUCAAAGAUUGAUGUUGAGUUGGUUAUUUGAAUCAGCUGUGUAGUAGACCUAGGGCAAAAACGAAAAUGUGCACCCAGGGGGGGACCGAGUCUGGGAAACCCUGUGUUAGAGCAUGGUGCUGGUAACAACAGGGGUUGAUUCAACGUUCCGUUUUGAAACUAAAACAAUAGUUUCUAUUGGACAUAUUGAGAUAGGUCCCUCCCUGCUUCGUUCCGUUUGCUUCCGUUUAGGAACCAUUUUGCAACAGAAUCAGUGGGAUGAAUACACCCCUUGGGUUGUGGGUUCGAUCCCCGCAUGGGCCACAUAUACUGAACAUAUGUUAACUGUAAGUCACUUUUGCAUAAAAUCUGCCAAAACAACCAAAUGAUAAUGAACAAUUGAUGUUAUGUACGUCAUAAUAAACCUAGACUUUGAGAUGGAAGCUAUGUUGUUAUAUAACGUGUCGCUGCUUAGAAUAACUUCUUCCGUUUUAUUUGUGAACCUCUCAAACAAAUCUGAAGGGUGAGAAUGGCCAAUGCGGAGAUGCAGGAAGUGCAGCCCUCCAGGUUCAUAACUCAUUAUCACCAAAGGUUGUGUCAUGGAGGAGAGGCAAGGGUUAAAAUGGGACAGGUAUUCCAGCAGGCGUAUUUCAUUAUCUGAAGUGCACACUGGUCGGCGAGGGAAAAGGCCACGAGACAAUCUGGUGGAAUUAACCUGGCCCGUCGGCAUCCGCUAACACACGGAUGAAUAUUCAUAAAUGUGUGUGUGUGUGUGUGCGUCUGGGUGUGUGCUCAUGUGCGUGCCCGUGCGUGCGCACCCUGCCACUCAGGAUAUGGAACUAUGAAUGACAUUAUAAAGCCCACAGUUUACUGGCAUUGCAGUUUAUGAGUGACAAUGAAUUAAUUAGUAUAAAUGUGUUUAAUAUGCUCACUGUGCUUUGUGAAAACAAAUUAACCACCUAUUGUGAUAUCACCACAAUAACAAUCGGGCUCAAUGGUGAGAUUGGAUAGAAUGUUGAAGGUUUGGUCGUUCAUUUAAAUUUGAAUCAUUUUUGUAUUUCAUGUCUAGCUAUGAUUGUGGUACAUUAGAUAUACAAAAGUAUGUGGACACCCCUUCAAAUUGCUGUUAUUGUGAAGUGGAAACGUCUAGGAGCAACAACGGCUCAGCCGUGAAGUGGUAGGCCACACAGAAUUAGUUCUGGUGGCUGUAUGGAAGCAAGUCCCCUCAGCAAUGUUCCAACAUCUAGUGGAAAGCCUUCCCAGAACAGUGGAGGCUGUUAUAGCAGCAAAUGGGGGACCAACUCCAUAUUAAUGCCCAUGAUUUUGGAAUGAGAUGUUCGACAAGCAGGUGUCCACAUACGUUUGGUCAUGUAGUGUAUCUGUUCGUUAAGUGAUGAAAUAGUCAUUCGGAAGAAGGUGGAGUUGGUGGUGUCUUGGAACACUACAUUAGUUCACAAUGACACCGUGAGGCCAUUGCGCCUCUAAGAGCUGAAAGGAAUAAGCCAAGAAGCCAAGACGUUGACACAACAUUUUUGUGGUUCACUUAGGGAUGUUAGUCCAACCAGGUGUCAGGGUAGACUUAUUUUGUGGCCGGGCUAAAGUAGUUUUUCUGCCUCUGUCUACCAUUCCUACUUCCUACUGAUGGAUAAAGAUCUUCUGUUUUCUCCCUGUCCGCCAGUUUGAAGACACUCUAGUAGCAUCAGUGUGUUUUAUGGCUGUAAUGCUAGGCAUGAUCUCUAGCCACCUUUCACUGCUUCUGUCAGAGUGGAGUGAGACCCUGCUGGCCUUGUUCUGUCAGCGAGUAUACACACACACUAUACACACAGUCACACUCUUUCUCACAUACAGUAUACACGCUUUCGCUCUUUCUUACUCUCGUACGCACACACACACAUACACACACACACAUUGCCAGCAGUGCUGAGGCUAGUUUUCCAGAGGAUGUCUGCUCUGUGAAUCUCAUUCUGAAUAGAGAGCAGAACACCCUACUAGACAGAACAGUCUGUAUCAGUAUCAGCAGCACUCUAUUGGAUAGCAUUGAUAGCAGUCUGAGACUGUUGGCGCGGCAGAGAUCAAAGCCCAGAGCAGCGCAUUCUGUGACUCAAUAACAACCGAUUUAAAAUGAGGUUUGUAAAUCAUGUGUGAUUAUAUGUAAUAAUGGGCUGUGCAUACUGCGGACUCUGUGGAUUCUGAUUAGAGCUAGGAUGACCAUGAGUUUAGCUUGUUUUAGUUUUAUUGUGAGUAGGGCUGUGGCGGUCAUGACAUUCUGUCUGCCGGUUGUUGUCAUGCAAAAGACUGCCGGUCUCAUGGUAAUUUACUAUUAAUGAACAUAAACACGUUAGCAUCUACAGGCUACAUAUAUAAGUCGCUGAUGCGUGCCUUUGGAACAUCUUCAUUUAAAAAAGUCUAAUAAAUCAAUUUAAUAUACACCAUCGCAAUAAAUCCAUUAUUUAUUUUAGUCAGGUCUAAAGAAACAUUAUGAUAUGAAGAACAUGUAUUUCAGAAGAACAGAAUAAGUUGGCAUACUGUAUGUUAGUUACUGUAUCUGGCUAUGCUUCAUGCUGUAGGCUAGUUCAUUUAGCUGAAAAGAUAUGCUUAUAAGCCCUGUGCCAUUAUUUUAUUUUAUCCGAUUUUAUAGUAAGAAGAAUAUAAUUUAUAUUUUUCCCAUUACAGAGCGAGUGCGCAUAUGAAGUGGCUAUGUUGAGCGUAAAGUGAUCAUUUGAAACAGGUCCUAUAUGCUAGAUUUAGAAUUAUUUGGCAACUUUAGUAUGUGGUAGUAGAGUAGAGGCCUGAGGGCACACACUUAAUAUGUUGUGAAAUCUGUUAUAAAUGUAUUGUAAUGUUUUUAAAAUGUAUAACUGCCUUCAUUUUGCUGGACCCCAGGAAGAGUAGUAUGGAUCCAUAAUAAAUACAAAUACAAAUUAUACAAACCUUAGAAUGUCUUAGCAUCAAAACAUACAGUGCAUUCGGAAAGUAUUAAAAUCCCUUGACUUUUUCCACAUUUUGUUACGUUACAGCAUUAUUGUAAAAUGGAUUAAAUAGUUUGUUUUCCCUCAUCAAUCUACACACAAUACCCCAUAAUGACAAAGCAUAAACAGAUUUUUAGAAAAAAAAUCACAUAAAAAAAAGACAACUGUCAAGGGGUCUGAAUACCUUCCGAAUGCACUGUGUAUGGGCUGCAUGGUGUGACUAUAGGCUAUUGAUGAUUUGAGAAAGUAGCAAAAAAGGCUUGCGCUCUGUUCCUUGCCUCAGAUUGCACAGCUGUUCUCUCAUCAAGUGAUCAUAUUUUCCCCAUCAAUUUAAUCUUGUCUAAUAUGUAAAAUUGGUUUAGUUUUAAAAUAGCCCAUUAUCAAAUCUGUUCAGGAACAUCGACAGUAACAUGUUUUCUGCGUGCUCGAGAAAGGAAUAAAGGAGAGAGAGGAGGAGAUGGAAACGCGCAGUGGUGAGAUAUUCUGUAGCUAAAGGUAAUGUGUCACCCAAUUAAUUAUGAAAAUAUAAAAAAUGCCCUUUUACUAGGCUAUUCAAAAUCAAAUACAAAUUCACUAAUUGUAGGCUAACUGUAAGCAGCCCUGCACAAUCAAUGAAACAACAGCAUCACCUAGGGCUAUACAUUCUCUCCCAGACACAUAGAUAUACAUUUUGGAGCGUAGUAUAAGGUAACUAGUCCAUCCAGUAUGCAUAAUAAUACAGUCCAUACUCAACGGUAAUUACUAGAAUUUGUUUAAUUUUGGAGUAUAGGCUAGACCAAUUAUGUACCAAAGACAUCUUAAAUCAGUUUUGUUUUAUGUUUUUUUGCCAUGCCUAAUAUGCGGUAGGCUGUAUUGUAUUGUAUAACGGCACAAUCAUAAUUUUUAUCCAGAAUUUCUUUUCAGGCUUGGGCUCAUAAGCCUACACAUAUGCAGAAGCUCUAAUAUGUGGAUGUUUUGAAUUAGUCAUCACCUUAGAAAGGGCUGUCCAUUUAAUUGCGUUAGGACUUGAAACGACAUCCACAACAACCAUGUUUUACACUGUUUCAACCUGCUGUUGAACUUCUUUCUUCAAAAUGAUCAUCACAGCGAGGUGAGUUUUAAAAGAACGAUAGUGCUACGGUUUUGAUCGCAAUUUCAUUGAUGUCAGAGUGUUUAGAUUGACAAUAGAGCCCUGAGUACCAGAACAUUAGGACCUGUUGGUCAUUAGCAAGUUGGGUACUACCAAAGCAUGUCCAGAAUGCAUUAAAGGAGAUUACUGUGACUGAACGGUCACAUGGAAUUUUACUGUGGUCAUGAUUUAUGACUGCCGGUGUGGUGGUAACACGGUCACCACAACAGCCCUAAUUGUGUGUGUCAUCCAUGUUCUGCCAUCCAUGUUAGUGCUAACACUGUUGACAACAACUUUUGAUACUGCGACCUGACUUUGAACAGGUUAUUGAGUUGAUAGUCACCAACUGAGUGGCUUUAAAGUUAACUAUGGAGAAAUGUAAGCACACAUUUUUUAAAAAUGUUUAAUAGUUUUAUAAUUGGAAGAUUUGAUCAGUUAUUAGUAACACAGUGUUUACAUCUCAAAGUGUAGUAAGUACAGUUUUUGAACUCCCCCUUAUCAAUUGAGAUGUAAUCUAAGAAUACUGUGAAGAUAUUGUUUCUUUGAGAUGCAUUGCCUUGUUUGUCUGUGGAGAGAAUAUAUUUGUCUGUGGAGAGUUCUCUCUAUCAUAUGAUUUAUCACACUAGCCUCCCUUGGCCAAUCAGGAACCUCACCUCUGAACUCUUUCUCUCAGACCACAACAUAAAGGUCAUGACCCCUUCUCUCCCAGCUCUGACGUCUGAUAGGCCUACCUCCAGAUAUAUGUACAGUAUCUCAAUCCACAUGGCUAUGUCCCAAAUGGCACCUAUGGCAAUGAAAACAAAUAUGGUACACAAAUAUGGUACAAAACAAAUAGGCCUACUGCUAUUUUUAGAGCCACACUGUUGGUUACUUUGAAUGGACUGUAUCAGUUUCAAAUCUUCAAGUUCUAAAUAAUUUAGGCUACUGCUAACAAUUUAGCCUGCUACUAAUAAUCAAAUUGUUUGAUGAUGAAAAUAAUGGUUUGUAUUUUAGUCCGAUACAGUGAGAGUUUUGAUGUUGAAGAAAACAUUCUACUGGAUUGUAAGAUUGAGGGAGAUAUUUUAGGUUAGGUCCGGACUCCUGCUAGGUCAUAAUUAAGUAGGAUGUUUCUUUUAUCUUUCUCUUAUCUUUGGUGUUCUUCAUCGUUUGAUGACACACUUUAUGUUCAGAUGUCAUCGCAUUGCUUUUUUUUUUUAAAUGAAUGUUCCAUGAUUUUUUUUUCUCUCUCUCUCUGCACAUUGACUUCUUUUCACUCAGUUUAUCUUCUUUUGAUUAACACUGCAUGCUAUGCUUUGUCUUAUUGAGUUUUUGUUUUUAACCUCUUAUCUUUUGUCUUUGUAUAUUUUCUUCCUCAUGGUAGCUAUCGUUAUUAUGAUGGAAUUAUUAUUGUGGAAUGGCACUGGUAAGAUGCAACAUGUUUCUACAGAGGACUACACUAUUAGGGCUCUCUCUGUAUUGUGUUUGGUCCCCAUUGCCUUUCCCAAUAGACAAAGUACUCUUUCCCGUGGCAAUUCCUCAUCCGAUUUGUGAUGUAAGUGCUGCAUUGGCGUAACCUGUUGUAUUUGACCCCAUAAGAAUGUGUACUCUGUAAGAUUUACCUUUGUUGUUCCUUUGGCACAAAUUGGAUGUUGUUUUCCUCUCUUACUCAAACUUUUACUAAACUUUGUCGAACCCUGUAUCUGGGAAAUUGCUGAGCGUUAAUGACUGCAGUCCACAAGGUGCUGAGAAAUGUGUACUCAAAAUUGUUAAUGACACAACUCUUUAAUGACAGUUAAAAAGCACUGUGAGUAGACGUGUACUGUAUAUGCCUCAUGGUGAAUAAAGUAUCUACUUAUUGAGAAAUCCCCCUACAAUAGACCCUGAAGGAAUAUGCAAAUGAAGAUGGUAUGAUUGAUUUGAAAAUCCUGCGUAAAAAUACUCAAAAUGUAUAUCUGAAGUAUACAAUUGUUUGUCAUUAACAUUUCUUUGUACACAAACCUUUAGUUAAACAAUUAGCAUCCUGCUGAGUAGAUAACAGCAUUUCCUAUUUCCUUUCAGCUAGCCAAUGAGACUUUAUGCUGAUGUGAAAGGCGACUCAAUAGACCAAUUGCAAUGAGCUAUAACGCGAUGAUCUCGAGCCAUUUGAAAUGCGUAUCACCUCUCAGAAUUCGCUCAUUUGUCUCUUUUCAAAAAGAGAAUUGGUGCCAAUUGAAUGCGGUUGUUUUGGAUUGGAACAAUUUGCUCCUCAAUUUAUUUUCAUUUUAGAUAUUUCUACCCGACUAUUAACACAAUGAGCACUUUCCCCUCGUUUUUCCGGUGAAAGCGCACAAGUGCUGUUUUUGCGGUGGUGGAACCAUUCAGCGUGAUGCUCGAGUGGCAUCAUUGCGAGGGUAUUCACCGGCUCUGCAGGAGCUACUUCAGGUUUGGGAAAUGGGCCCAGGUCUGUAGGACUGAAAGUGGUAGGGGGUUAAUUAGGAGAGUUUCUCAAUUUAGUAAAAAAAAUUACAAAAAUAAUCUAAUGCAGGAAUAUGCACUGAACAAAAAUAUAAAUGCAGCAUGUAAAGUUUUGGUCACAUGUUUCAUGAGCUGAAAUAAAAGAUCCCAGAAAUGUUCCAUAUGCACAAAAAGCUUAUUUCUCUCAAAUUUGGUGCACAAAUUUGUUUACAUCCCUGUUAGUGAGCCUUUCUCCUUUGCCAAGAUAAUCCAUCCACCUGACAGGUGUGGCAUAUCAAGGAACUGAUUGAACAGCAUGAUCAUUACACAGGUGCAGCUUGUGCUGGGGACAAUAAAAGGCCACUCUAAAAUGUGCAGUUUUGUCACACAACACAAUGCCACAGAUGUCUCAAGUUUUAAGGGAGCGUGCAAUUGGCAUGGUCACUGCAAGAAUGGCCACCAGAGCUGUUACCAGAUAAUUAAAUGUUAAUUUCUCUACCAUAAGACGCCUCCAACUUCGUUUUAGAAAAUUUGGCAGUACAACCAACCUGGCCUCACAACGCAGACCAUGUGUAUGGUGUCGUGUGGGUGAGCGGUUUGCUGAUGUCAACGUUGUGAACAGAGUGCCCAUGGUGGUUAUGGUAUGGGCAGGCAUUUUAUCGAUAUCGAUUUGAAUGCACAAAAAUACCGCAAUGAGAUCCUGAGGCCCAUUGAGAGGCCCAUUUUUUAAAAGAUAUCUGUGACCAACAGAUGCAUAUCUGUAUUCCCAGUCAUGUGAAAUCCAUAGAUUAGGGCCUAAUGAAUUUAUUUCAAGUGACUGAUUUCUUCAUAUGACCUGUAACUCAGUAAAGUCUUUGAAAUUGUUGCAUGUUGCAUUGAUAUUUUUGUUCAGUAUAUUAUGCACUUUUGACAGGCAUUUUGAAAUGACACAUGUAUACCUGUCCAAAUUCUUCAUAAACAGUACAUACAGUAUUUUGAACAUUGAGUGAGUGAGUGAGAGCAGGAGGAAAUUAUGGUUGUUGAGGAUAUCUGCUACCUUGAACCAGAUUUUUCCAAGAUAGCCCUCACGGGAAAAUGACUAUCAUCCUCAAUUCUUAGUGAAAAGCAACGGCGACCAGAUACAAAUCAAGGAAUAACCUCUUCAUAUCCUGACCUCCCUGAUACGUCUAUUAUGUAAUCUCUAUCUACAGUUCCAGGUCAAUAUUUCCCUCUUAACAUUUUUUCAACUUCGUUGUGUCUACCUGACCAUCGAGAGGGCAAUCAGCUUGAUGAAGUGCCUCUCCCAACAGGUCAUUAAGAUAGACCUGGGAAAAUUAUGUUUAAUGGUCGGCCCCAAUAAUUUCAUAAAUCAUUUAUUCUUGCCAUCGCACCUGGCCCAUUGUUUUUUGUGUUGUUUUUUUUACAGCCGAUUGAGGCAAAACACUAGGCCCUCCCGUUUUUAUUGAGGAGUGGAGACGCUUGUGAAUAAGAUAAUUACGUUUAGCACCUGUAACUCACUCGCAAAAUUCGAGUGAGUGAGAUUAAGAGGAUUCUGGCUUCAAGAGUAUUGGAUGUAAUUAUUUGAUGAGCCAUUUAUUUUAAUUGACUAAUAUUUCCUGUUUGUCUUUAUGUUUAUGUAUCUGUGGAAGUCCCCCUCUCCUAUAACUAUAUAUAAGCAUUGUGUCAUUCAAAAUCAUAUUAUUAUUAUUGAAUAUUUGCUAUGGAGUUUUGUUUGGUUAUUGAUUUUAUUGUUUUUCAUUUCUUUGUAUUCUUCCUGUCAGCUAUGAGGAUUACGAACCUGAGAUCAAGUAAGAGUAAAAUGGACAGGUCAUCUGUUCAUGACACACCAUCUUCAUUAACCAUGAAUUUCCUCAUAACAAAGUAAUGAGUAAUGUUCAUACCAGCACAUGCCUUUAGUAAAUGUUUAGUGAAGCUCUCUGUCAAGUCAUAGGGAAGGAAUACAGACACUCACCCACACCUCACAUUUGUUCAAUAUUAGCUAGGAUAGGUACGCUUCUGUUGAAGUAAUCUCAGAACGCUGAAACAAAUCUCCCAGUUUGUCACAGGAGAAGUAGUCAUGCACUGUGCAAUUUAAGCUUUGAAAAAGUCAUUAUGUUUUCAUAAAUUCAUUGAUUUGAAAUGCACAGGUAUUUUGGAUUAUACUAGCAUAGUUAUUCAGAGCUUCAUUAUCUGUCAAGGCUUUUGGGACAACCCUCGGUCACCACAUUCAAAAUACUGUGUUCAGGUGUUCAUAUUUAUUUGGCUUCCAGUGAUUAUGCCUUACCUGCUAGCCCAGAGGUCAAACAGACUGUAUCGCCUAUUAUCUAUGUAUUAAUUAUACACCAAGUACUAUUUUAAUAUUGGAGAGUUACCUUGACUUUUCAUUUGAGUUUUCCACUGCUCCUGAUGUAGUAAUAGUCACUCUCCCAUUUUCUAGUUUUAAAGAGUACACUAUCUGAUGGUCUGUCACGUAAUGGAUGAAUAAUGUAUGCAACACUUGAAAGAAGGAGAGCGAGAGAAAAAUGAUAGGUGUCCCAAAGGAGCAGACGAUCACAAAUGGCGAACACAUGAUUAAAUUCAAUUUCACUCCUCUGUCGAUUUUCUCUCCUCCCUCCUCCCCUUCAUCUAGAUUUGUACUUUUGUCUGUCUGGUGGACAUUUUUUUUAACCUGUGUUUCUCUUUUUGGUUCAUCAGUAUGUUCACAGACCAAGAUAGCAAAACGUUUAUUUUUAAAUGCCAUUCUUUGUGUUGUGCUUCAGUGAACAGGUAGUCACGAUGGUUCUUCUGAGUUGUGCACUACUGACAGAAUGCUAAGUGGGAAGUCUGAGAACAGUCACCACUUCAGAGGAUUGGUUGACUUAGAAGUUUCCUCAGUAUCUCCUGUAUCUGGUCUUGAAACCAAACUAAGACCUUAUUGAUUUGCCCCAGCAAAUCAAUUACUGUAUUUGUGCAUUUCCACCUGUAACUUCCUGGGACAAUUACAUAUUUACUUAGUUACAGAUUUUACUGUCAAUUAAUAUUUUUAACCAGCUAUAUGUAUGCACAGAUAUCUGUCAGACAGAAUGCGGGCCCUAGUCCACAAUCAUCACUGGCGAUUAGUUGGUGAUGAGCAAAAUUCACGUACAUUUCUUUAGGAAAUUACAGACUACAAAAAUCGAAGGCACGUAUCUUUUCACAAGUAAUCAAGUUCAGUCGUUACUCCUCUAGCAGUUCUGAGAACGUCCAGAAUGUUGCCGUUGUCUUGACGUUGUCUCGUUGUGCUUCCAGAUCGUGGGUGAUUGGGGCCAUUGCUCUGCUCUGUCUGCUGGGCCUGACCUGGGCCUUCGGCCUGAUGUACGUCAACGAGAGCACGGUCAUCAUGGCCUACCUCUUCACCAUCUUUAACUCCCUGCAGGGCAUGUUCAUCUUCAUCUUCCACUGUGUCCUCCAGAAGAAGGUGCAUGUUUUACUCUAACCUUGUGGUUCAGGGACCGUAUUCAUAAAGCGUCUCAGAGGAGGAGUGAUGAUCUAGGAUCAGGUCCCGCCCUGUCCAUGUAAUCUUAUUCUUUGUGAUCUAAAGGCAAAACUGAUCCUAAUUCAGCACUCCUACUCUGAGAAGCUUUAUAUAUACAGUGAGGGAAAAAAGUAUUUGAUCCCCUGCUGAUUUUGUACAUUUGCCCACUGACAAAGAAAUGAUCAGUCUAUAAUUUUAAUGGUAGGUUUAUUUGAACAGUGAGAGACAGAAUAACAACAACAAAAAUCCAGAAAACACAUGUAAAGAAAUGUAUGAAUUAAUUUGCAUUUUAAUGAGGGAAAUAAGUAUUUGACCCCCUCUCAAUCAGAAAGAUUUCUGGCUCCCAGGUGUCUUUUAUACAGGUAACGAGCUGAGAUUAGGAGCACACUCUUAAAGGGAGUGCUCCUAAUCUCAGCUUGUUACCUGUAUAAAAGACACCAGUCCACAGAAGCAAUCAAUCAAUCAGAUUCCAAACUCUCCACCAUGGCCAAGACCAAAGAGCUCUCCAAGGAUGUCAGGGACAAGAUUGUAGACCUACACAAGGCUGGAAUGGGCUACAAGACCAUCGCCAAGCAGCUUGGUGAGAAGGUGACAACAGUUUUAUUUGCAAAUGGAAGAAACACAAAAUAACUGUCAAUCUCCCUCGGCCUGGGGCUCCAUGCAAGAUCUCACCUCGUGGAGUUGCAAUGGUCAUGAGAACGGUGAGGAAUCAGCCCAGAACUACACGGGAGGAUCUUGUCAAUGAUCUCAAGGCAGCUGGGACCAUAGUCACCAAGAAAACAAUUGGUAACACACUACGUCGUGAAGGACUGAAAUCCUGCAGCGCCCGCAAGGUCCCCCUGCUCAAGAAAGCACAUAUACAGGGCCGUCUGAAGUUUGCCAAUGAACAUCUGAAUGAUUCAGAGGAGAACUGGGUGAACGUGUUGGGGUCAGAUGAGACCAAAAUUGAGCUCUUUGGCAUCAACUCAACUCGCCGUGUUUGGAGGAGGAGGAAUGCUGCCUAUGACCCCAAGAACACCAUCCCCACCGUCAAACAUGGAGGUGGAAACAUUAUGCUUUGGGGGUGUUUUUCUGCUAAGGGGACAGGACAACUUCACCGCAUCAAAGGGACGAUGGACGGGGCCAUGUACUGUCAAAUCUUGGGUGAGAACCUCCUUCACUCAGCCAGGGCAUUGAAAAUGGGUCGUGGAUGGGUAUUCCAGCAUGACAAUGACCCAAAACACACGGCCCAGGCAACAAAGGAGUGGCUCAAGAAGAAGCACAUUAAGGUCCUGGAGUGGCCUAGCCAGUCUCCAGACCUUAAUCCCAUAGAAAAUAUGUGGAGGGAGCUGAAGGUUCGAGUUGCCAAACCUCAGCCUCGAAACCUUAAUGACUUGGAGAAGAUCUGCAAAGAGGAGUGGAACAAAAGCCCUCCUGAGAUGUGUGCAAACCUGGUGGCCAACUACAAGAAACGUCUGACCUCUGUGAUUGCCAACAAGGGUUUUGCCACCAAGUACUAAGUCAUGUUUUGCAGAGGGGUCAAAUACUUAUUUCCCUCAUUAAAAUGCAAAUCAAUUUAUAACAUUUUUGACAUGCGUUCUUCUGGUUUUUGUUGUUGUUAUUCUGUCUCUCACUGUUCAAAUAAACCUACCAUUAAAAUUAUAGACUGAUCAUGUCUUUGUCAGUGGGCAAACAUACAAAAUCAGCAGGGGAUCAAAUACUUUUUUCCCUCACUGUACGCCCCUAUCUGUAUUAACUUGCUGUAUAAGUUUAGUUAGCUCCUCUUACUAAAAAGAGUUGGUUAAAGCACUUUCACACCACUUUAACACAUGAAAUGUGAAGUGAUUAGCUCACAAUUUUACAUUUCAUGGCUUAUUACUAUGUAGCAAGCUAGAAAGUAUUGUAGUUAUUAACUACAGUAUUCAUUUGCUGAAAGUAGCACGGAAAAGUUGUUUGGUUAUCUGCAUCUGAAUGGGAGUGUGUGUGUGUGUGUGUGUGUGUGUGUGUGUGUGUGUGUGUGGGUGCGUGGUUCACAGGUGCGUAAAGAGUAUGGAAAGUGUCUGCGUACCCACUGCUGCAGUGGCAAGAGUGUGGAGAGUUCCAUUGGCUCUGGGAAGAGCUCAGCCUCCCGCCCACCAGGGCGCUAUUCCACAGGGUCACAGGUAGGUGGCGCCUCUCCUCUCACAUCUUUCAAAUUUCAAUGUAUUUGGUUGAGUACGAGCAUAUCUGAUAAUGAUUUUUACUUGAUUAAUUGUAGCACGUUUAUUGUAUUUACUUUGUCAAUGUUAAUGAAUAGGUUGUUAAAAAUACAUUUAUGAAUUUUACAAAUAGUCAACAGCACACCAUCAGCCCCGGUCACGACGGAAGCUGAUUUCAGCAUCCAUAAUGAACCCUUUAAUUAUAUAUAGCAGCACAUUGACACGACGGCUAACCACUACGCCUAGUUUUCGCCAUGAACCGCAUUUGAACGGAAGCGGUCGUAAACACGCUGUAAUUUAUCGGCAAUUCGGAGGCUUUUAAAUGAACGUGUAAUUAGCAAAGUACAUCAUAAACCGGUGGGCUCUGGGUGGUUAGGGAGGUAGGGUUCUCUCUCUAAAUGAAAGUUGGAAGUGAGACUUGGACAGAGAAAGACACCUUUGAAAUAUGGACACUGAACAACCCAACUCCCACACAGCCCUGGGUUGAAAUAUAAUUAGUUUUUUUUUUCGCUCAAAGACUUAAACUGUGCUUGAUUGAGCUUGCAUGGCGCAAUGGAACCAAUGGAAUAGUCCCAAAAGUGCAAACUCUGCCCAUGCUGUUACUGCAGGAAGGCUCGAUCAAACGAUUAAAGAAUCUGAAAGAAAAAUAACUACUAUUUGAAGGCAGGUCUACUCCCACAAGCACUUGUACACUUGAAUAUGGCCUUGACUUUUACAGCAGUGUAGAGUUAUGAGAGGUAGCAAUAACAGCAGUGAGACUUAGAAAUAACAGCAGUGAGCCGUAGCAAUAACCGCAACGAGAGUUAGCAAUAACAGUAGCAAUGACUAAAUUGUGAUAACACUAUUGUGAGUUUGGGAGUCAAACCUUUACAAAGCCUUACAGUAAAACACAGUAACAAAGAAUGCAAUAAUAUACUGUGUGUGUGUUCAGCAACAAGAAUGAAUGUAUCAUCACAGGGUUGAGGUGUGUUUUUAUAUUGCUAGUGAAUGUCGCUGCACAUGCCCAAGACAUACUGUAUAUGUCCUAACUGGAGGCCACCUAGUCUUUAAGCACUGAGUACAAUACCGUUACAAAACCCCACUGACGUGUUGGUUGUAAUGUUCCCUUUCUGCAGAGCCGGAUCCGUCGGAUGUGGAACGACACAGUCAGGAAACAGUCAGAGUCGUCUUUCAUAACCGGUGACAUCAACAGCUCAGCGUCGUUGAACAGAGGUAAUAAUCAGUCAAUUUGCACCACACAUGUUUGAACGCCAUGCAACCCACCAGCCUCUGCUUUAGGUUUUUGAUGUUGUGUGACGUGAAGGAAGAAGGGAAGAAUUGCCUUUGUGAAAAAACUGAAGGAUUUUGCCUGAGUGGCGCAGUGGUCUAAGGCACUGCAUCACAGUGCUAACUGUGCCACUAGAGAUCCUGGUUCGAAUCCAGGCUCUGUCGCAGCCGGCCGCGACCGGGAGACUCAUGGGCGGCGCACAAUUGGCCCAGCGUCGUCCAGGGUAGGGGAGGGAAUGACCGGCAGGGAUGUAGCUCAGUUGAUAGAGCAUCGCGUUUGCAAUGCCAGGGUUGUGGGUUCGAUUCCCACGGGGGGGCCAGUAUAAAAAAAAUAUAUAUAUAUUCACUAACUGUAAGUCGCUCUGGAUAAGAGCGUCUGCUAAAUGACUAAAAUGUAAAUGUAAAUGUAAAUGUUUUGGGUCCUGAAGAGCUUAUGGGUGCUUUUGUUCAACCACAGCACAAAGACACCUGAUUCGAAUGAUUGACGAAUAAUGACCGUGAUUGUUUGAUUCAGGUGUGUUAGUUCUGGGCUGGACCAAAAUCAUGCACAACCAGUAGCUCUCUAGGACCGGAGUUGGAGAUUCUUGCCCUAUGCUCAUCCAGUGUCCUGAUUGAAAUAUACUAUCCUUCAAGUCAGCAUAGUAGCCAAUGGGUGGUUCUCACACUUGACUGUGGCAUUUGUCACUUGAUAAGAGAUUGUCCACUUUGUGACUUGUGCACAGAACGAGUACACUGGAAAGAGUUGGAUGAAUAUCAUUUAGUUUAGUUUUUUAAGAUGAGAGAGUCAUUAGUCUCCCACUCACCUGAUCGUAUAGAAGGGGUCCUGCUGUUAAUAAAACAUUAUUAAUCCCUUACUUUAUUAAAAUAUCAACUCAUCCUAAAUGACCUUGACUUUUGUAAAAUAAUUAAACUUUUAAAUAUGAUAAUGCAGUUAAAGUGUAUGCGCUAAUUGAUCAAAUUAAGAAACAAAACGUUGAAUUUUGCACCUGAUGGAACCAAGAACCAAAGUACAUGCCAAAAUGAAUUGCUCAAAGCAAAAUAUUCAAUUGAGGCAGGACUAUUUGUUAAUGCUAUGCCAGUCUUCAUGACGUUGUCAACCAACAAAGUAAUGAUAAUUGCUUUAUUCUUUAAAAAUAAGUUGAACCAUCCACAAAGGCUUAUCUCCCAAUUUCGUUAUAUGAUGAAAAUUAUCUCCCAAAACGAUCAUAGAAAUACACCAUAACGUAUUGGUUGGCGGUCCAAAUAAAUACACGUGUCUAGUGCUUACUCUGUCAGAGGCAUUAUAUCAUCCUCCUAGACCCUAUCUGCACUAGAUGAUGAUGCCACCCCCCUGACAUUUCUCAGGGACGACUCCUCUCCAGACAUGGGGUCCCUUGAUGGAGGGGUUGAGUCCCUGCCACUACCUCACUCUCUAAAUCUGCUCGCUGCUCCCUCUCAACCGGACACUAAUGCGUAGUUAUGAUGACGGAUUGAUGUUAGAAGGCGAGAGGAAGUGUCGAGAUCUCAAUAAUUAGGCACUCAGCAACGAACGCCAUCCCAAGACGUUGGCUUUUAGCGGGGGGAGGGAGAGAGAGAAAGGGGUGGAGCUUGGUGGGGUGGGCAGGCCUAGAAGACACUGCCAUAGAUGUAUCACUAAGACCAGGAAGAGGGGAGUGAAUUAAUUAACACGUUUUCAGCUCAAGGCAUUGAAACGCGUCAGGUCUGAUGUAUAACGCAUGGGGAUAAACACUAAGUCUGGCGGAGGAUAACGCAUCAUGUUCUGAAGCGUCAGAAACAUCACAAACCUCCCCCUUGCUCUUCUCUGCAAUGUUAUUAUGGAAUUACAUUAUGUGUGGAAGAGCAUACAUCUCUCCCUGCUAGUCCUUCUUCAACUCAGUAUUCAGUACCUUGCCUCACAGUCUCUGCAUAACUGCAGCUGACUCCAUACUUCUCUCCUCUCGAGAGGGAAGCGUGCAAUCAUCUUGAUAGCCUCGACUUGUUUAAUUUAUCCCUGCAUUCACGAUUAUUGCUACACAAUCGGUACGGUUUGGAAAUGGUCCAAUUGAUCAAACACAUACCCCAUAAGUGGGGGAACCAACAGAGGGUGGGGAGGAGCUGUUUAUAAUUUCAAAAUAGGCUGGUAUUUUUGGAAGGCUUCAUAAUUAGAGAACCAAAAGCAACCGCAACAAGAAAUGAGCACAUAGUGAUUAUAUCAAACUGAAAUUAUAACCUAAUGAGUACAUACAUCCAUAUUAAUAGCCACAUCAAACAAUGUAUGCAAAUUAAGUCUAAAAGAGGAGUUUAGGUGAGUAAAUCGUGAUUUUGUGAUUCUGCUCUGAUGCAUCAAUGUGAUUGUUGGAGUUGAAGAUACUCCUGCAAUGAUAUAUUCAUAGAAUGAUUUGCCUCUAGAAUGAACACUCACUUAGUAAAGUUAUUGAACUAGAUAACUGAUUGGACUUAAAUAUUUUUUUCUAAGCUCCAGGAUUGUCCUUUGGGCAAUGAUAAUGUCGGCCAUUUUGUUCAUGUUUAUAACACUACACUGGCUUCGCUGUGUGGUCAGAGGAGUAGACAACCCAAUAGGAAACUGAUUUAGGUUCAAGUUCUAGUCAAUAAUAAAUGUUCUAAGACAAUAGCACAGCUACAGUAUAUCGCCUGUAGUCACACAUAACAGCAGUUUUCAUCUGUACCGUUCCCAUUAUGCCCUUGCUGGCCAAAUUACACAUAUUGUAACUAUUAACCCAUUCCCAACAUGUCAUCAUUAGCUCAGUGCGUUAUGCACUUAGUACAGUAUGCAUAACAGAGCUGUACACAAUCUUCAAUGUUAGCUAUCAUAACUAGUCAUACGUCUUCCAACUCCUGCCAUUUCCUUGAGUCCUAUACCUCUCCGUUCAGAAUUGGUUCAGGCGUAGAUUUGAGACACACUGACAUUCCCUGGCACUGUAUGUAUAAGUCCAGAGUUAUCGGUCGUUAGAGAACCAGUUUAUCUCCUUCAUUUCCCUCUCUCUCUCUCUCUCUCUCUCUCUCUCUCUCUCUCUCUCUCUCUCUCUCUUCCUGGCUCUGACAGAUUCAGAGCACUGCGAGAGAACAGUGUCCCUCGUCGGCAGAACUAAUUGGCAUGCAUUUCCGCCUCUGCUGAACUUUUGGGUUUUUUGGAAGAUAUUUACGCACUCAUUGGUACACACUGCACACUUGAAUGGGGCAUGUCAUAGUGCGCAUGUUAGGAUCGCAAUAAUAUCUUAUUAUGUGCUCUGAAUCUGAAGAGAGAAAACAUACUCUUAGAUGUUUCGGCAAUUUGAACAUAACAUAUAAACAGCAGCUUAUUGCAGAUAUGUUCAACUGGAUACCGUAACACACAAUAUUUCAAUAUUUCACAAAAUGAUGCAAUUUCACAAAGUCAGUCCGUUUUUUCCUCACUAACUGCUGUGCGGCAUUCAACCCACAUUCAAACUACCUCCUCCUCAUUCAUAGACAUGGUGUUAUCUUCUAGUCUAGAUACAGUUAGUCAUAUUUCUCAAAGUCAAAAGGUUUAUUUAGAACUGAUCUAGGAACAGAUGAGUCACACAAAGGCAUCAGUCACUGCCGCAUAGUCUGGGGGUGACGAUUAGACAAAUAGAAUCGGAGCCUCUAUUCUCACAAACUUCUGCUUUUGUUCAAACGAAGUAAAGUAGAAAGAUAUGGUACAGGGCAAAGGGACUACAAAGGAACUACAAUGAGCACUGUAAUGACGCUUACCAUCCAUGAGGAUGUUUUAUUUGAGGGUAUUUCUGCCAGGGAAUUGUCUAUGGGAAAGAUGAAUGCAAAGAAUUGAAGGCUAUAUUUUACGGGACAAAUUGCAUGGGAGAUCUAGACCAUUUACACAACGUAAGACAGUAACCCGGAAAUGUUAACUGCCAAAAGCUUUCAUAACAUCUUCAAAUCAAAUGGAGUUAAGCAGAAGAAUCUGGUCAACUUUGGUAUUAACAUGUUCUAUACUGUCAAGUGGUAAUUUGACCAUGUUAUGUUCAGGUCCAUUAUUGAAGUGUUAUGUUUUCGUUUGGAUGUCUAUGCUUCAAAACAAUGUCUAUGUUCGUACUGUUGCACACCGUCAGCUAGCAUCUGUACCUUGUGGAAUUGGGAGGGGAAAACAGCAUUCAGCUCAAAAGCAUUUGUAAAAUGUCAAAAGGAUUCCCCUUGAGAUGGUCAAUUUGGGACCCCCCCCCACCAAUUCCACCUCUUGAAUGUGAGCACACCAUUUCUAACAAUGCUAAAUUGACGUUUAUCCCAUUGAAUAAACAGAGUCAUCAUUGACCCACCUCACUGCUGCCGUCGUGAUAAACAAUGAUCAUGUCUGUUUCAAGCUUUGCUACUGUAGCCCAACUGUUUAACAACUUGCCCUAAUGAUCAUGUGAAUGUGUAUUGCUGUCAUUGCCUCGGCUGCAUCUGCCUGACUGAUACGUAUGUUCUCUCUCUCUCUUUUUCUCUCCCUCUAUUUCCCUCUUUCUCUCCCUCUAUUUCCCUCUUUCUCUCCCUCUAUUUCCCUCUUUCUCUUUCUCUCCCUCUGUCUCUAUCUGGCUGCUCCAGGGGCUAUGGCUAACCAUCUCAUAACUAAUGCUCUCCUCCGUCCCCAUGGCACUAACAAUCCCUAUAACACAUUGCUCGGGGAAUCGGCCGUCUAUAACAACCCAUCAGUGGGCAUGUACAACACGCAAGGUGUGCUAGCCUUCUUUUCAUUCCUUCAUGAAUGUCGCUAGACAUUACUUUUUUGCUACAGAAAUCUGCGUUUGUCUCCAAAAGACCUGCGUUUUCCCCAGCUGGAGGCUUUUGGCGGGACGGGGUGUAUGGUGGCUUCCCUUUGGGGCAUGCCAUUCCGUCACUAAUAAUUUUGUCACACUCAACUCAUUCAUGUGCCUCACUUGCCUGGCAUGCAUAAUUCAGUGUGGGGAAAUGGUGCAAUAAACCAAAACUAUUGGUACGGGACAUCAGCACGCCAAUUGGGAGCUGAAUACACCACCAGUCACAUUAUGUUUUGCUGCACUGUUGUCCAUGAACCUUGCUGUGGUUGUCCAUGAAGCUUGCUGUGGUUGUCCAUGAAGCUUGCUGUGGUUGUCCAUGAAGCUUGCUGUGGUUGUCCAUGAAGCUUGCUGUGUGCACUGCUGUGCCUAUUGUCUUAUGUCUGUUAUCUUGUAAGUGUUGCUGGUAGAUUGUUAAAUGAACAUCUUUGUUCUGUUAGUGCUCCCAAUCAAUGAUUAUAAUAUUUUAAAAAACACAGAAGCUGAGCUACUAAUGAAGUAGGAUAAACAACAUCACUUUUCUGCCUCUGGGAUCCUUUCCAAUAAGACAACAUGAUGUUAGCAAUUUUUAGGACACUAAAUGUAAGCCGCCUAACCUUCCUAAUUAUGCAAAUGGACAGUAUUCUAUUAGUACUUAUGUGCCUCAAAAUCUGUAAAGCAGUAUGUUUGCACAACCAGCAAAAAACAACAUCAAUGCACUACAAUACUGUUGUUUUGCAGCUCAUUAAAAAGAAGGCACAAAACAGUAGAUUUUUCUACCAAAGCUGUUCAAUAUGUUAAAAGUACACGUGUCAGGCAAAUUGUCUGAAAAUGUGACUGAACUAUAUUUAGUCAGAUCAAUACUGCUGAAAUAGCUAUUAUCGUCUUUCAAUUCUAAACUGUCAAAUAGGAGUUUUAUGGAGUAACUCCAGCAGAGCUAACUACUGUAUCAAUGAUGAACCCGUCCAAAUAGCACUCAGUAGUACUCACUAGAUCGUUAUGGCAAUAUCAAUAAAGUGAUACAUGUGAACCAAUCCACUAUUUUAAAUCGUACACAUUCUACAAGUCUAUCAUGACUUUGGCAUGUCAGUAGGAUAUAACUGUUCAAAUAUGGAUGAUUAUAGUAGAAUUGCUCAAAUGUUACCAAAGGAAAUGCAUGUAGGUUGCUAUAGGUGCAAUUUUAACACGUGACCUGCAAAGUUAAAGGGGAAGUGUAGGAUUUUACAACUUGUUGUCAGGUGGUUGCUCACCCGGAAAGUAGUCUAUGGGCCAGGAGAAACUAAAAUCCAUGGUUUGGUUUUCUCUAAACAGCCACUACAAACGUCAGCUAACUUUAGCCACCGCUUACAAAAAAUCAAUGGGUGUGAUAGGGGCAUGUGUUUGUUGGCAAUGGAGAUUACUAGCAUCAAAUGUAAUAACAAGAUUAAUACUGUACAUCAUAUAUGUAAACUCAUUUUCCCCCCUUGAAUAUACUGUGAUCAUAGUUUUUAAGAAAGUGUUAUCAAGUGCGCAUGGUGACAUCACACACGGGAUGUCAUUUCUGGACGCAUCAUCAACCCUGUGUGAACGUCUCUUCUACCUGUUACUGUUAUGCUUACUUGUUGUUUUCUUUCUUUCCUUUUCCUCAUGCUGUCCAUAAGACCCCUACAGAGAGACAAGUAUGGGAGUCAAACUAAACAUUGCUUACCAAAUGUAAUUGACCUUAGCUUUACUUUCUUUUCACUCUAUGCUGACAAAGGGGGAAUGAGAAAACUGUCAUCUUAUUUGGAAGUAGAAAUCCAAUUUCAUAAACACAGGUCUUCCUCUGACUAAUAGAAAUGUUAGUCAAUGUAAAUUUAAGUUUGAAUACUAUUGUUCAUUGGACAAUGUUCAAUGAACUAUUCCAAAAAUUAUAAACUACUUCUGGAGAAUGUCGAUCAAAUAUAUUCACAAAGGAGAUGCCUUGAAAGAACUUAAUAUCUUAUGCAAAUCGAUCAGCCCCAAGGAGCAUCCAUUUGAUAGAAUAAGAUCCAGAGGAGGCUGGUGGGAGGAGCCAUAGGAGGACAGGAUCAUUGUAAUGGCUGGAAUGGAAUUCAUGGAGUCAAAUAUGGUUUCCAUAUGUUUGAUGUGUUUAAUACCAUUCCAUUUAUUCCAUUCCAGCCAUUACAAUGAGCCUUUCCUCCUAUAGCUCCUCCCACCAGCCUCCUCUGAUAAGAUCUCAUUGUCACGAAUAGCUGACAUCAUUGUAAUCCAUAAUGUAAGAUUAAAUUGGCCAAAGUAGCCGGCAUGCUCCUGGUCCUAAGAUAUCGGAUUAAUCUCAAAUCUUGGUCAAUCAAGAUCCAAUGCCAAUCUUGGAACUUGGUCACCACCAGCAUAUGUUACUGUUUUAAAUGAAUACAAGUUGAACUGCACUUUGGAGAAAACAAAGGUCAAACCUACAUACAGUUUUUGCAACAACUAAAAAGGAGGGGAAAGGCUUAACUUUAGAUGUUCCUCUUUCAAACGCAUUUUAACUAGCCUGAAGACCUUGUGUGAGGCUGAAUGUUGACAUUUUCCAAAUUUGCAUUGACGUAUCCCUAUAAGACACAGUGGAAAUUUUACUAUUAAAAAUCCAUACUUUCUCUGCAUGAGAGAACAGAAAGUCCUUUCCUAAUGUAUACCUGUAAAGUUGACCCCUUAUUACCAUAUCCUCUAUGGCCUAUAUUUAUCAUUGCAGAGUCAGUAAGUUUACCAUGAACUUUCUUUCUAUUUUAGUCUAUGGCCAACUCCAUUUAAAGAUUAAGCUUUCUUAAAGGUAGACUCAGCAGUAUGACAUCAUCAUGGUAACAGACAUAAAAAACAACACAAUUCAAAUAUGCCAAGACUGCUACUAUUGGCUCUUCCCUAUUUGCCCCACCCUCAAUCCCCAUUGCCCACAUUGUGGCAGAUUUAAAUGUUGUUUUUGUUGAUGGCUGUAGGCAGGAAGUUGCCCCCAGUGUAUUAAUAUGGCAUAUUGCUGAGUGUACCUUUAAAUAGGGGAUAAUAUGACUGGGGUCCAAAUGUAUAGACAGAGCUGUAGGUAGUGUAUCUCGCUCUUAAAACAAAAUGCAUGGCUGUGGUUUGUUGUUGUUGAGUGUAUGUGCCUAAAGCUUUACAUGUUGUCGAUUGUCACACGUAUAUAAAUGUUUUCAUGUUUGGACAAAGUUAUUCCCAACUACAUCACAACACAAGCCAAACAGAGAGGAUCAUGAUAGAAAUGUAGAUUCCAUUACAAGAACAAUUUGAGUUUAUAAUUUUACUCAAUGUGUGCUGCGUGUGUAAAGGUAAGUGUAUCUUGUAUUGACUGGCUAUGUUAAAGCAUUUAGACAAUCUUGCAGUUAGUGAACAUAUAUAUACACAACACAAAAUUGAAGUGAAAAAUGUUGAACUAGUCCUAGAUAUCACAAUCUGUGAGCCACCCUGAAGGUUGCACAACACAUUAAAAGAAAGGAGAUAGUUUUGGCAGGCCUAAUGUGUGCAUGAACACGUCCAAGCGGCUGACAUUUAGCCAUUCUAAUGAGCGACCGCUACUUCCGUCCCUCUCAUAUUAGCUUUCCUCCUCUUUUCCUCUUUGUCCCACAGAGGGAAUCCUGAACAAUGCCCGGGAUACAAGUGUCAUGGAUACUCUACCACUGAAUGGUAACCAUGGCAACAGCUACAGCAUCGCCAGCGCCGAGUACAUGAGCGACUGUGUCCAGAUCAUCGACCGGGGCUACAACCACAAGGAGACCACGCUGGAGAAGAAGAUCCUGAAAGAGCUGACCUCCAAUUACAUCCCCUCCUAUCUGAACAAUCACGAGCAAAACCGCAACCUCAUGAACAAGCUGGUGAACAAUGUGAGCAACGGAGGCAAGGAUGUUGGUCUGAUGGGGAUGGGUGUAGGGAUGGGGAUGAAUGUGGCACUGGGCUUGGACGAUCAAUCUUCCUUCCCCCCGCACCUCCACGAUGAGGGUCUGGGCCUGGAGUUGAUUCGGGAGGAGUCCAACGCCCCCCUUCUGCCCCAGAGACCCCCUUUGCUGCCGCCCGUGGACAACCUCCACCACAACCACCUCCACAACCAGGGCCCGCCGCAUCAGCCUCCGCUCCCCCACCACCACCACCCAGCCUUCUCCUCGGCCACCACCACCUCAUCCUCGUCCCGCCGGCGGAUCCCACAGGAAAACAGCGAGAGCUUCUUCCCCCUGCUCACCAACGAGAACACCCAGGACGUGGAGCCCAUUUCGCCCAGCCCCCACCCCCACCACCUGCACCACCACAUGGACUCCCUCUACACCAGCAUGCCCGUGCUGGCAGGCCUACCGGAUACCACAGCCAUCGGCACCACCACUGCCCCCCUCGCUGAUAAAGAUGCCGGAGAGGGCCACCCGGCAGGGGGCAAGAGCCCAGAGGCCAGCCAGGACGACGUCUACUACAAGAGCAUGCCCAACCUGGGCUCACGUAACCACCUGCACCAGCUACACUCCUACUACCAGCUGGGGAGGGGCAGCAGCGACGGGUUCAUCGUGCCCCCCAACAAGGAGGAUCUGUCCCCUGAAGAGGCCCCCCAGGAGCCCUCUCACCUGGUCACGAGCCUAUAG